GACGCGGAGGAGGGAUGGUGUUACACCCACCGGAAACUGUCUCUGCAGUGCCAGCAGAAAAUGGAAAGGAAGCACAGUUCAUAUCUUAAUAUUAAGUUUAUAUGUAGUAUUGGAUACUGCUCAUGUUUGCACUGAAUGAAUAAAUCGUUUGGAACCAGAGUGAGGACACUCGGUGGCAUGACCGGAAUCCUGUGCACUCUGUUCGAUGAAGUAGUUCACCGACUGUUUUGGAAACAUCGCACUGGCCGAGAGUAGACUGUGUGGGAGAAGACAGCGGUCCUGCCCCCUUCAAUGACCAACCUGCAGUGCUAGCGAUAAAAGCCUCGCUUGCAAUGCCGCAACCAUGGGAGGCUACCACGGGUGUCCGUAAUGGAGAUGCUACCAAGCUCUUGGCCUCUAAUAUAACGAUUCCAAUAUGCCCGACCGGUGGUGCUCCGUAAGGCUAUCAGCUGCCUGAUAUUACGGUACAGGCCUGCUUUUUCCAUCUGGAAAUUUCUUGGCAGGCCAGCUAGCACCGAUAGCGUUAGCCUUAUCUGUUCUGCAUCUCUGGGCUCUAACGGUGCAGGGUUUUCCAUGACUGCACAGUUGACAUUGUUUCAUGUCAAUUCGAGGACACUUUAACUCCUAAAAGUAUUAUAUGGGAUUUAUAUCCGUGAAAGAAAAGAAGGCCUAAGCCAAAAUGGUGAACUGGAGGCGGCUGCUGCGAGUAUCCAACCGAUCGUUCCUGGCCUUCAUAUUCUUCUUCUCCAUGUCCACCACUUGUCUCUACUUCAUCUAUGUGGCCCCUGGAAUAGGUUCGUUAACAGAUUUACUACAAACACCUUACACAGCAGCAGUUAACGUGAUUGUAUUAGGAUUAUCGCCUGCAGCUCAAUAAGCUCCAGCUGCUGCUUCCACGGUACACGCUAAUGCUACAACGAUUAGCAAAGUAGCUCACAGCUGAAAGAUCCAUGCCAGGCAUGAUGUCCAGUAAGCCCUCGUAUUUCUCUGAUGUUAUAGGGCGAAACCCUAUUCGGCGACAGGUAGACGGAUUAUUGGAAGAUUAGAAACAAGGUGAUCCCUAUGUGUUUAAGAUAUAAAGGUUGAUUAUUAGCUUUCAUUUUUCUGUAGACUGACAUGAAUCAACUGUGAGCAUCAGCGCUCGUUAAUUUCAGGGAUUCCUCACCUCUACGGAGAGGUUGAAUUGGUAUGUUACUCGGAAUAGAAAACGAUAUUUUGAAUGAAGAGUUUGCCGGAAUAUACCAGCGCUUAGAUCCCAAUAUUCCGAGAUUUAUUGGCCUUAUUUAUAAGAAAUUAACAGUAUUGCCAUGCUGGUAACAAUGUCUGCCUCUCAAACGGUUUAAAGGCAAAAUGUUGUCAAUUCUUCUUUGUCAUUCAGAAAUUAAUGUCAUUCAACUUAAUGAUUUGGAAUUUAUGCUAUGGAAGUUGACCAGAUCCUUUCCUCAUACACAAUAUAACAGAGUGAUUUUGAGUAAUUAGCUCUGGAAGUGGUCAUUUGCCUUUCAAGAAAACCUAAUUCAAGUGUGGAUUCUUGUGGCCAGAAGUUCAGUCUCUCCGGGGGAAGAUUGCUUUAAAUGGUGUGAAAUUUUAAAGGGUAAUUUCUCAGACAAUUACAUUCUUUAAGAAAUGUCUUUGUGCCGACAGGAAUUGUAAGCUCUUCGUGCAGGCCUUUACCCACAAACAUUGCCAUUCAUGCUGGGGAGGAAUGGCAGGUCAGGGAAAAUUCACUAAAGACUCAUGAUAGCCUGAGGUCUAGCAACAUUAUUGUAGAUGGAAAGUGAUAAAAUUCCCAAAGGUGGUGGCUUAGUGUGCUUGUCAAAACUGUAUAAGAUGGUGUAGGGCAUGCACUUUUCUUAAUUUGGAUACAUAAAACUAUAUAUGAGCUUGAUUGUUGAAUAUGAUAUGUAAACAUGAAUAUAUAUGUGUAUAUAUAUGUAUGUAUAUAUAUAUAUGUAUGUAUGUAUAUGUAUAUACACUCACCGGCCACUUUAUUAGGUACACCAUGCUAGUAACGGGUUGGACCCCCUUUUGCCUUCAGAACUGCCUCAAUUCUUCGUGGCAUAGAUUCAACAAGGUGCUGGAAGCAUUCCUCAGAGAGCUUGGUCCAUAUUGACAUGAUGGCAUCACACAGUUGCCGCAGAUUUGUCGGCUGCACAUCCAUGAUGCGAAUCUCCCGUUCCACCACAUCCCAAAGACGCUCUAUUGGAUUGAGAUCUGGUGACUGUGGAGGCCAUUUGAGUACAGUGAACUCAUUGUCAUGUUCAAGAAACCAGUCUGAGAUGAUUCCAGCUUUAUGACAUGGCGCAUUAUCCUGCUGAAAGUAGCCAUCAGAAGUUGGGUACAUUGUGGUCAUAAAGGGAUGGACAUGGUCAGCAACAAUACUCAGGUAGGCUGUGGCGUUGCAACGAUGCUCAAUUGGUACCAAGGGGCCCAAAGAGUGCCAAGAAAAUAUUCCCCACACCAUGACACCACCACCACCAGCCUGAACCGUUGAUACAAGGCAGGAUGGAUCCAUGCUUUCAUGUUGUUGACGCCAAAUUCUGACCCUACCAUCCGAAUGUCGCAGCAGAAAUCGAGACUCAUCAGACCAGGCAACGUUUUUCCAAUCUUCUAUUGUCCAAUUUCGAUGAGCUUGUGCAAAUUGUAGCCUCAGUUUCCUGUUCUUAGCUGAAAGGAGUGGCACCCGGUGUGGUCUUCUGCUGCUGUAGCCCAUCUGCCUCAAAGUUCGACGUACUGUGCGUUCAGAGAUGCUCUUCUGCCUACCUUGGUUGUAACGGGUGGUUAUUUGAGUCACUGUUGCCUUUCUAUCAGCUCGAACCAGUCUGGCCAUUCUCCUCUGACCUCUGGCAUCAACAAGGCAUUUCCGCCCACAGAACUGCCGCUCACUGGAUAUUUUUUUUCUUUUUCGGACCAUUCUCUGUAAACCCUAGAGAUGGUUGUGCGUGAAAAUCCCAGUAGAUCAGCAGUUUCUGAAAUACUCAGACCAGCCCUUCUGGCACCAACAACCAUGCCACAUUCAAAGUCACUCAAAUCACCUUUCUUCCCCAUACUGAUGCUCGGUUUGAACUGCAGGAGAUUGUCUUGACCAUGUCUACAUGCCUAAAUGCACUAAGUUGCCGCCAUGUGAUUGGCUGAUUAGAAAUUAAGUGUUAACGAGCAGUUGGACAGGUGUACCUAAUAAAGUGGCCGGUGAGUGUAUGUAGUGUAUAUAUAUAUAUAUAUAUAUAUAUAUAUGUAUAUAUGUAUGUAUAUAUAUGUAGUAUGUGUAUAUAUAUGUGUAUAUAUAUAUGUAGUGUGUAUAUAUAUACACUCACCGGCCACUUUAUUAGGUACACCAUGCUAGUAACGGGUUGGACCCCCUUUUGCCUUCAGAACUGCCUCAAUUCUUCGUGGCAUAGAUUCAACAAGGUGCUGGAAGCAUUCCUCAGAGAGCUUGGUCCAUAUUGACAUGAUGGCAUCACACAGUUGCCGCAGAUUUGUCGGCUGCACAUCCAUGAUGCGAAUCUCCCAUUCCACCACAUCCCAAAGAUGCUCUAUUGGAUUGAGAUCUGGUGACUGUGGAGGCCAUUUGAGUACAGUGAACUCAUUGUCAUGUUCAAGAAACCAGUCUGAGAUGAUUCCAGCUUUAUGACAUGGCGCAUUAUCCUGCUGAAAGUAGCCAUCAGAAGUUGGGUACAUUGUGGUCAUAAAGGGAUGGACAUGGUCAGCAACAAUACUCAGGUAGGCUGUGGCGUUGCAACGAUGCUCAAUUGGUACCAAGGGGCCCAAAGAGUGCCAAGAAAAUAUUCCCCACACCAUGACACCACCACCACCAGCCUGAACCGUUGAUACAAGGCAGGAUGGAUCCAUGCUUUCAUGUUGUUGACGCCAAAUUCUGACCCUACCAUCCGAAUGUCGCAGCAGAAAUCGAGACUCAUCAGACCAGGCAACGUUUUUCCAAUCUUCUAUUGUCCAAUUUCGAUGAGCUUGUGCAAAUUGUAGCCUCAGUUUCCUGUUCUUAGCUGAAAGGAGUGGCACCCGGUGUGGUCUUCUGCUGCUGUAGCCCAUCUGCCUCAAAGUUCGACGUACUGUGUGUUCAGAGAUACUCUUCUGCCUACCUUGGUUGUAACGGGUGGUUAUUUGAGUCACUGUUGCCUUUCUAUCAGCUCGAACCAGUCUGGCCAUUCUCCUCUGACCUCUGGCAUCAACAAGGCAUUUCCGCCCACAGAACUGCCGCUCACUGGAUAUUUUUUCUUUUUCGGACCAUUCUCUGUAAACCCUAGAGAUGGUUGUGCGUGAAAAUCCCAGUAGAUCAGCAGUUUCUGAAAUACUCAGACCAGCCCUUCUGGCACCAACAACCAUGCCACGUUCAAAGUCACUCAAAUCACCUUUCUUCCCCAUACUGAUGCUCGGUUUGAACUGCAGGAGAUUGUCUUGACCAUGUCUACAUGCCUAAAUGCACUAAGUUGCCGCCAUGUGAUUGGCUGAUUAGAAAUUAAGUGUUAACGAGCAGUUGGACAGGUGUACCUAAUAAAGUGGCCGGUGAGUGUAUGUAUGUAAUAUAUAUAUAUAUAUAUAUAUGUAUAUAUAUAUGUAUAUGUAUGUAUGUGUAUAUAUAUAUGUAUGUAUAUAUGUAAUAUAUAUGUAUGUAUAUAUGUAAUAUAUAUAUGUAAUAUAUAUAUAUGUAUGUAUAUAGGCCUGUCGCGAUAAUCAAUAAAUCGCCUUAUCGCUCGGUAAAUAAAAACGAGGUCGGUCAUUUUGCCAGCCUCGAUAAUUGGCGUGCGUCUGUUUUCCUCCUCUCUCGCUACCAAACACGCUGGAUGAGAGAAGAGGUCUCACUCUGCGCAUUUUUCUCGGCACCUGGGGGCGUUGGCUCUAUAGCGGAAUGAACGGAGUUAGUGAACCCUCCUGUCAGUGUCUUUGUCACGAGGGGGCUGGCGCGCACAGGCACACAGACACAGACUUUUGGAUACAGUGCUGCAAGUGCGCGUUGUGAGUGAAAAGCAAGCAAACAGAAUGAACACGACAGCUUUGGUGUCUAAACCGAACGCAACAGGCCAGGUGUGGGAAUAUUUCGGCUUUUAACCAGUUUUGUUUUCGUCAACCACAAAACUCCAUGUGUGUGUGUGCGCGCGCGCGCGCGCGUGUGUGUGUCUGUGUGUUGGAGGAGCACAGCAGGCUGCAGAGCGGACUGAAGCUGCUCCUUUAUGUUUAGCGUUUAACUGACUGAGUUUUGCAACUCUGUUCGUCAUUUUCGUCUCGUCCCAUCAACGUAAACGCACUUUCGUCUCGUCACAUUUUAGUCAUCUCCGACUUAUGUUUAGCUCGUCAACGUUACGUCUUCGUCGUGGGUGAAAUUAAAGUUUAUCACUUUUGACACGGUAUACUCGCAUUAUUAUGCCAUAUAAUAUCAUUAUCUAUAAUUUAAAAAACGGUGUCAAUAAUAUCGUUUAUCGGCAAUAAUUUGUAGCACAAUUAUCGUCCAGCAAAAUUUGUUAUCGUGACAGGCCUAUAUGUAUAUAUAUUCUUUCUGCACAUGUAAGUUGCAGAAUUGUAGAAUUGUUUUGUGCUAAAACCACGGUCACAGAAGUAAGUAAAAAGUAAUCAGCAAUUCAAAAACUGAUUUCAUACAAAGGCCAACUUCUGCAUUACAUGCUUUCAUGCACUGCUAGUUGGGUAUGUAAAUACACAAAACCCUUGAAAAUUCAGGACAAGUGUAGAAUGUUUUUUGAAAUUGCCCUGGAAACAAGGCAGCUCUAACAGCCAACAAGGUAGAUAUGUGUUGUUUAGCAUCACCAGUCACCAAUACAUUGCUCUUUGUUUUGGAAUUGCAGGUAGUUCAUGGCUCUUCUAGCUUUUUAGGGUGACAUGCAAAUCACGACAGCGAAGGGGAAAAAUUAUUAUUUUUAAAAUUAUUUUCCAAAAGUUGUGGUCUGCAUUUACUGAUGAUUGUUUUUGGUACAUUCAGCAUUAAGCCGGGGAAUAAAUGCACUGCUUGUUUUCUAUCACUAUUGUGGGGUGCUCAAGAUGGAACAUUUAUGAUAAUUUCUUCAUGGAAAUGCAAUCACACCGAGACGCUAAGGGAGUAGAACUACUGUGUCACUGGUGAAAAAUGAUUAAUAUGAUGAUUAUUACUUCAAGGAAAUGAUAAGUAAUGAUCAUAAAUGUUCUUCCUUGAGCUGCGUCCCCCUGCCUCAGGCGAUGAUGGACAAACAAGCGGCGGCUAGAAGAGAGUAGGUGAGUUGUGUUUAGUCUCUUUGCUAAAGAUAUUAGGCAAAGCUAAAAAGAUGUUUGGUGGCUAGUACUAUGGCUGGGACCCUAUAUGUACUGUUGAUGAUGUUAGGUGCUGUUCUGAGCAUUAUUUAUGGCUAUAAAGUGGCAUUUUGGAUGAAGUUUGUAUAUGGCUUCUCAGACAAAUGUGUAUUGCUAUCCUGCGGUCGUUACUAAAGUUGGUAUAACCAGAGCAGCAAGCGGUCUGCAACAUUCAUCUCUCGAGAGGGUGCCUAACUCAGUGUUACGGUGUGUUUGACCCUUAAUUAAUUUUAUGCCGGAAUAUCCCUUUAACUCGUGCUGUCAUUGUUAGCUGUCCAACAGGAAGAAUGGCAUUAAGGUAACAGAAUAUGACAAACAAAAUACAGUAUAUUAUUGAGCAAUUUAAAUUAGGCAAUGCUCAGAAAUUUUGCAUUACUGUCUGUAAACCUGCAAGCAAAUCCUUUUAAAUCCUGCGUGUCAGUCAUACCAUUAGAGAAAACCCACCAACAGACCAGCUUAAUAUCGCUGUGAGAAGUUGUAUAUUAUUUUAUCUUUACAAUAUAUAGUUGGUAUGAUGGAGUAUUAGAGCCACAUUAAGAAAAAAAGAAUUUAAGACUGAGAUUAAAGUUGUUAACUCAUGAGAAUGAAGUAAUUUCUUACCUCUUGUUUUAGAGGAGCGUUGUUAAAAUGAGGGCUUAUGGAGCAUUUACAUGAAUUGUAGCCUACUUCAGUGUAAGUUUCACAAACAAGGAGAUACUUAAUUCUUUGGUACAUCUGUAUUACACUGUCAUAAAUAUCAGGACUUAAAAAAGAAUAUUCAAGAAAUGCAUCUUUUCAGCAGAAAAAAAAAAGAAACAGGCAGUCUUGGAGGAAAUUGCUGCUUUUGUGGAGGCGGAAAUGGAUAUGCAGAGGAUAAAUCAGUCAAUGCAGCCGUAGAUAGCCGAUAAUUGCAUUGGGCUUUAGUUUAUCAUAUUCAUCCAUAUGCCAUAAGGCGUUGGUGUCUCUGCAGGUGUCAGAGACGAAGUGCUUGUCGGAGCUCAACUCCCUCUGGACCACAAUCUGUCAAUUAUCAGUUGGAUUGUUUCUUGAAAAACCACACAAAAGUCCUAUGAAUGGCCCACUGAUACAUCCACUGAUAACCCUGCAGUUGACCAGUUCCAGCCAUUUCGUCCUCCACAAAAGCAGCUUUAUGACUUAAUUUACUCCAUGACUUUAUUCUCUGUAGUUCAACUUAUGACAACUUAUGAAAGUCAUUCAUUUACGAAAAUAAAGUCUUGGACUAUCUUUGUGAAGUAUACAACCAAUUUUUUGGGGAAGUUAUCUGUUUUCUUGAAGACUCCAAAAUCAGGUUGGACAGCUUUUUCGAAAUUUAAUUUGAUGUCAAACUAUUUUCCCCUUAUUUCUGCAGCCAUCCAGCUCUAUAAUCGUAGAGCAUCAGCAGAUUAUUAAUGUUUUUUGGUUUUAUUUUUUCAUGUUUGAAUUUGCACAUGUAGGUAGGUAAAGUUGACUUGGAUGACACAUUCAAACAAACCAAAGAAAAAGCCACUGUAGAUAGAAAAAUAAAAAUACACUCAGAAAAGAAGUUAAACACCAUGCGAAUGCACAUUCCAGUCUGUAUACACCAAAUAGACCAAAUAAAAGCUGAUUUAUGCUUGCCAUAUGUAUGAAAAUGUAAAGGUCCGUUUCAAAGGAUGAUUUCGUCACUGCCCACUUACUACCAUGCAUCCUAUAUGUUGGCAUGGAUGCACCAGGAUGCAUUCCAUCCACCAGGGGGCAGGCUGGAGUAAAAAGUUUCUGACAACAACUUGUAUAUGGAAACAUGGCGGCUGCGAGGAAGCUGGUGAUUAGGACCAGGUGAUUUGCCAAAAAAAAGAUUGUGAUAUAUUUUGACAAUCAUGUGGUCGCAGUUAUUGUCACAAUUUUUUGUUAGUUUUUGAACUGCCAGUUUUAAAGCAUCUGUAAGACUGGCAGUUAACAUACAAAUAACAAUAAAUAAUAACAAAGCAAUUUAAACAAGAUAAACAUAGAAAAAUAUAAAAUCCAUUUUACUCAACAAUACAACAAAUGUAGAUAAGUACUAAAUAAUACAGUAGCGCAUCGUCGAACGGCGCAUUUGAAGCGUGCAUGAUGUCAUCACGCAGCGAGAACGGUGUCCCAUAUGGCACGAAAUGUUAAGCGCGCUUAGCAUUUUUCAAGCGUGGAUUUAUGCACGCUUUCGUGCCGUUGGUAUCCCAGAAUUCUUUGCGUGCCGCUGCACAGCUGCGCAAUUCGGGUGAGAGGCUGGACUUGCUUGGAGACGCAGCGCGUCUUUAAAGAAAAUAAAAGAAAUCCAAAAACAGCAGACAGUCAACUCAGGCUGUUUGAGAGCAUGAUCUCUGAACUCACUAAAAUCUGUAAACCAAACAUUAUAGUAUUUAGAGACGAAUUGAUCCGCUCUGCUUCAACUAUCAAAAACAUUAGAAAUAAGAAAGCUGACAAAACUACAGCAAAGUAUCAUUGACACAUUGAGUUUUUUUUUUUUUUUAAGACUUAGAGAUUAAAGUUGUAAAUUUAGGAGAAUAAAGUCAUAAAGUAAAUAAAGUCAUAAAGCUCCUUUUGUGGAGGGGGAAAUGACUGAAGCUGGUCAUCUGCAGGGUUAUCGGUGGAUGUAUCAGUAGGUCAUUCAGAGAGUUUGUGGUUUCUGAAGAAACAAUCCAACUGAUAGUCAACAUUUGUGAUCCAGAGGGAGUGGAGCUCCAACGAGCACCACGUCUCUGAAACCGAAGGUAACCUACACCUGCAGAGACACCAACGCCAUAUUAUGGCAUAUGGAUUCAUAUCAUAAAAAAAAGCCCAAUGUCAUUCACAGAUAUUUACGGCUGCAUAAACGAAUAUAUCCUCAGCAUAUUCAUUUCUGCCUCCACAAAAGCAGCGAUUUCCUUCAAGUACACCAGUUUUUUUCCCCGUGGAAAAGACGUAUUUCUCAUAUAUUCUUUUUUAAGUCUUUAUACUUGUGACAAUGUAAUGCUGAUGUGCCAGAGGAUGAAGUAUCUCCUUGUUUGUGAAACCUAUACUGAAGCACAGUUCCUAAAUGCUUCAUGGCCCUAAUUUUAACAAGUCUCCUCUGAAAUAACAGGGAACCUUACGACUUUAUUCUCAUAAAUUAAUGACUUUAUUCGCAUAAAUUCAUGACUCGAAGUCUUUAAAAAAAUUCUCAAUAUGGCCCUCAUACUCCAUACAUGAUUCGAUGAAAGGACUAGAUGGUACAAUCCCCGGGACUAUGCAUGGCAGGGGCGUCCUCCUCCCUGAGCCAGGCUUGCACCUGACUGCAUACCUGAGUGGAAGGGGAGUUGAUGCUUUACAGCCAUACUUAUCCCCUGGGACACAUCAUCAGUUGUGUCCUCAGAUCAUGGGGCGUUUCGGCCAAUUAUCACAAGACGCCCUCAGCUGAGGCAGGCCCACCACAGGUUGAUCAGACCUGGGUGUGUGUCCCAGGGUUAAGCAUUUGGCUUAGCAGCCCAGAUGGUGUCGCUCCUCUUCAUCCACAGCCAAUGGCUCGUUCUCUCGGCAGUGUUGGCCAGCUCUUUGAUGGCCUGUCUGUGAGCUUGUCCCCUGAUUCCGACCUCCCUAAGGAGCUUCGCUGUCGAGCCUGCCACAAAACCCCUACAACCCACCUCCACCGGGCGCACCCACGCCUUCCAGCCCCUAUCCUCUGCCUCAGCCGCUAGGUUGGAGUAGCGAAGUUUCUUGCGUUCAUACGCUUCUUCGACAGCAUCCUCCCAAGGAACUGUCAGCUCUAUGAUGUAGACGAGCUUGCGGGUGUUAGACCAUAGGACAAGGUCUGGACGUAGGGUGGUCGUUGCGAUCUCCGGGGGGAAAACGAGCCUCCGAUCCAAGUCAGCCUGCAUUUGCCAGUCUCUGGCUGCAUUCAGCGGGCCCAGGUCAGAGUGUGAAGCCCUUGCUCUCUGCUUUUCCCCCUCCCGAACAAACAAUGGUGGGUGUUGCCGCACAUCCUGGUUGUUGGUGGGUAGGGCGUUGAUGGAAACCCUCUUGCACUCAAGUUUGUCAGCCAGACACCUGAGGACCUGGUUGUGUCUCCAUGUAUAUCUGCCUUGAGUGAGGCUGGUUUUACAGCCCACCAUGAUGUGCUUAAGUGUUGCUGGGGUUGUACACAAGGGGCACGCUGGGUCCUUUCCAAACCAUUGUUGCAGGUUUAUGGGAGAUGGUAGCACAUCGUAUGUUGCUCGAAUGAUGAAGCUCAACCGGUUGGAUUCCAUGCCCCAGAGUUUGCUCCAUGUGAGCUUCUUCUUUUCGACACCCUCCCACCUCAUCCAGCGGCCCUGUUUGGCUUGUGCUACUGCUUUGGAUCGUCUGGUUGCUUCCUCCUGUCGGCGCACCUCCUCUACGACCAUGGUUCGUCACUCGGCGGUAGAUGCCUUUCGCCAGAGAGGAGUUACAGCUCCAAGGCCAAAACCUGCUCUGCCUUGCUGGACAUGGCCCACUACAUCACGGUGGAGGAGAGCAGAUUUGGCCUGUAGGACAGCUGUGGCUGGGGUCCACUUCCUCCCUGUUGCCAAGGUGGGAGGGGCACCUCUCACUACAGGGUCCCGGGAAUCAGUGAGGGACAUCUCCAGCCUCACCUUCGCACACUUGAACUCUUCAACCACGCUGGAGAUGGGCAGUGACAAGGCUCCGUCGCUGUAGAGUCCAACGCUGCUGAAGCACCUUGGGAGUCCGAGCCACUUCCUCACAUGGGAGUUCACCAGCCUUUCCAAGCGAUUAGCAUGGCGUAUAGAGACCUCAUACAUGGUCAGCGGCCAUUGAAGUCUGGGUAACAGCCCAAACUGGAGGCACCAGAGCUUCAGUUUCCCUGGUAGUGCAGUGUUGUUGAUCUGCCUAAGGCCGUUGGCUGUGUCCUGCCGCAGCUGUUCAAUUUGCUGGGUGUCUCUGAGGUCUGCAUUAUACCAUCGUCCAAGGCUCUUGAUGGGCUUCUCUAGGAGUGUUGGAAUUGGUUCACCGCUGAUGUGGAACCGCUCACCUGUCAGUUGGCCUUUAACGAUGGAAAUGCUGACUUGCUUGGUUUGAAAUCCAUUCGCGCCCACUGAAUGUUUUCCUGGAGUUUCUGCAGCAAGCGUCUCGUACAUGGUUUUGUUGUUGUUACGACGGUCAUAUCGUCCAUAUAGGCUCUAAUAGGCGGAAGACGCAGGCCACUCUUGGUCCUCUCACCUCCCACUACCCAGCGGGAUGCCCGUAUGACCAACUCCAUUGCCAUGACGAAUGCCAGAGGAGAAAUUGUGCAGCCCGCCAUGAUGCCGAUUUCCAGAUGCUGCCAGGCGGUGGUGUUGCCCUCAGAUGUUACACAAAACUGGAGAUCUUGGAAGUAGCUCUUGACCAAUUCUGUGAUGUGGCCUGCUACGCCAAAGAAAUUGAAGGCCAUCCACAAGGUCUUGUGAGGGACUGACCCAAAACAAUCAUUGGAUGAAUUUUGUGGGAAUGAUCUGUGCUUGUAUGUAUCUACUAUUUUGUGUCUGUGCAAGGUCGCACAAUUAAAAAAAUAAAUGCUGCGCUCUGCAGCUUUUCUUCAAGUCAGUCGUGAUGCGAGCCUGAGGGCGGGGACAUUUAGCGACUCAACCAGGAAGUCCUCCGAAGGUCGCCAAAGGUCGACUUCGAGUCAUGAAUUUCUAAUGUUUUUGAUUGUUGUAGCAGAGCGGAUCAGUUCGUCUCUAAAUACUAUAAUGUUUGGUUUGCAGCUAAGUUAAAAGAUCAUUCGCUCAUACAGCCUGAGCUGACUGUCUGCUGUUUUUGGAUUUCUUUUAUUUUCUUUGAAGACGUGCUGCGUCUCCAAGCGAGUCCAGCCUCUCACCCAAAAUGCGCAGCUGUGCAGCAGCACGCAAAGAAUUCUGGGAUACCAACGGCACGAAAGCGUGCAUAAAUCCACGCUUGAAAAAGGGGCGGGGGCAGUGUGUUUUUGAGACCGAAUUUGAAGCGCGCUUAGCAUUUUGUGCCAAAUGGGACACUGUUGGUGCCGCCUGAUGACCUCACGCACGCUUCAAAUGCGCCGUUCGACGAUUGCGGUCUCUGAAAUGGGACACAGGAAGGGUACUCAAUGGCACAUAAUGGCAGUGUGCUCAGCUAAGCGCGCUUAUCCCGAUGCGGUCUCUGAAAUGAGACACAGCCUGUUUUCUUGUGCAGAGCUCCAGUAGCUCAUGAGCACUUAGCCUCUGAGUCGUGGGUGGAGACAGCACUGCUCUGCACACUUCUCUUCACGCUAGCUUGUAGCCUAACAUUGCUGGUGUCGUAGCAGAAGCAGGUAACAUAGGAGCUAUUCAGCUCUCAGUCACUGAUGUCUUUUGGGGCAUGAUGAAAGAUAAUAUUAUAAUUAGCUUUCUUACCAGCAUUGCAAUCUGCUCACGCACACGCUUGUUCUGCGAUUGUCCUCUAUUUCUCCAAGUCUGGCCUUCAGUGCGGGGCUAUAGGAAAUCUAACUUUAUGUGAGUCGGCCAUUUGGGUCCAAUUACUCAAGUAAUCAAUACUUGAUUACUCAAAUAUUUGAUAGCUGCAGCUCUAGUCCUGAGUGUUUUUGCAGGUAUGCAAGACCCAAAAUAAACAAAUCGCCCCCUCAGCGAUAAUGAAGACACCUUAAACUGUAAACAUUAGAUAAUGUAAAUGUAGACAUUAUGAUUGAUUGCUGCUUUGGUCUGGUGCAUGCACCGCUUGUAGCUAAACUACUAACGCUACUUGUGCCUUCAGCAAUGGCUGGUUCUGCAGUCUAUGCAUGCAUUGUUAUCCUUUCUGCAUAAUCACUUGGGAAUAUUUCUUCAAAUGAUUAAACAGAUUUGUUGUGUUGCCAGUUUUUGAGGGCACCUACCACUGACAUACCUUGCACAUCGGCUCAAUUGCUUGACCUCACUUUGGAGAUACCCAAACUACCGCCACACAACCAACGUUAAGGAACUUUUCUUCUCAACAAUGGCACCUUUGGAGGAUGACUGACAUCUAUUUCGCUGCCCUCAGUCAUUCUUUUUACUUCCCCUGUUUACUUCUCUGGCAACUUACAGAAGUAAGCAGGAAAAGCUUGACUCUGAUUGGCUGUUGUGACGCACAUUUACACCAUGUUUGAUCAAGUAAAUAUGCUCACAGCUGAUCACGGUGAUCUAACUGAAAUCUAUUAUGAUCAUUCAUCAAGAUCAUAUAAUCGCCCAGUCCUACUAGUGAUAAUGUAUAUUUUGCAUAGGAGACAGAAACGGAGGCAGCGUUGGAGGAGGCGUUGGUUGGUCAGGCAGGCCACUUAAUGCCUCAUUUUUGGAGGAUGGAGAAUUAUUUUCUCUAGUUUCUCUUGUCCGAUAAGAGAAAUUGACAACGAUCGUCGUUUUCAGUACUUCAGGAUGUCCGCCAGCGCAUUCGACAACUUGCUUCACUGGGUGGCCAGCACCACAAGUCAACAACACUGCCCCCAUGGUUUCUGGUGGUACUGCUUUAUCUGGCUUUUAUCCAUAAACUUCAAGGAUACGUGCAGAAAAGAAAUACGGACGAAAAGAAUGUGAAGCAUGGAUGAGGAGCUCCGUCUGUAUCCGGAUCUGUAUGUAAUGUUGAGCAUAAAUGAGCUUUAAGUGGCCAUCCUUACAAGUGAUUGAACUUCCCUCAGGCAUCAAGCCUGAUAUGCCAACCUGGCAGUUGCCAUAAGUCCAGCUUUUGCUGUAACAGAUAUCAGAGUCUUGUUCUCUAAAGAGAAUUGAUUGCUAGUUUGUUGCCAUUCUACUUUUGGUUUGUGGAUUUUUAUACAUUAUGGCAUUAAAAUGGUUUUCAUAGCCGAGUAAAUGAUGUUUUGUGUGGGUUGAAAAUCUCAUCCUUGUGUCCUUUUAAAGGAAUAAUAGUACAGAUGAUGAAUUUGUCACAGGACUAUCAAAACACCUAUGUUAAUCCUGGGUUAGUGAUAUAAUUUUUUACAGAAUACACAGGCUUAAGACCAGGUUAUGUUGUAGCAAACUGAUCUUUUUAUAUUUCUGCAUGAGACUGUUUCUUUCCAAAAGUAUUUAGAGCUCCAGCUGUUUUUCUACGUAGUUAAAUGGGUCAAUGGCAUGACGCCUAAAUAUUCUGUCCGGCUGUAUUUUCUUUAAGUUGCAAAAAGGUUUAAAUGUAAAAAAAUAUACUAUCUUUGUGUAGUAUCGCUCUCAUAUGUAGUCACUUCAACUUUUCAAAAAUCAGGAGUUAUUUGUAAUUUUUCUGAAAUUUUAAGUGUCAAAUAUCGUGUGGUGUGACUGUCCAGCUGUGACUGCUGUUUUGAAAACAGCUGUUUUCCAUCAUAGAUAAAUGCCCUAGAUUGGCAGUAUUUAUUUUUUAUAUUCAAUUGAUGAUUGAUAAACACUAAGUACUUAAUUUUAGUAUUAUUUUUGAAUUUUUUUUGUUAUUUGAUGAGUCAUUUUGCUAAUAUUUUUGAAAUGAUGGUAAGUCCAUCUUUGUACAAAAUAAGAAAAAAAUGUUAAAAGCAUGCCAUUUCACUUAGGUAUUUAUGCAGUUGUUAGCAAUUUAUUAAUUUUUAUGUAUCUAUUUAGCUCAUUUUAAUUUAUUUUACCAGAUGCCACUGCCAAGCAAAGUUAAAAGUACUCGCCGUAGGCAGCAUGUCAACUCUGACCCCGCAGCAUGUUGUUCAUGCGAGGACUGGGCAAAGAUUGGGCCAAGAUUAGGCAAAGUUCAAAAAGGCCUGAGGCCUGUACUUUGAAGCUGGAUCUGAUCUUAGCGAGAUUACGUCUGGAAUAACUCCUGGGUUUUCCGUACAAUGAAGGUGGAUUUCUUUCUAUGCAGGUCUGUUGCCCCGGUAACUUGUGCGGAACACCAAACCUGCUCCGGAGCAGGUUACGUUUCAGGAUAACAUCUCAGCCGGUAUAAAAGACUGCUUACUGACCAAUCAGAUCUCUUGGAAAAUGGCUUGCCCACUUGUGCUGGAUUCCGUGGACAAUGGUGCACAGAUAGUGAGAGGAGCGCUUCGCCAAGAGUGCUACAUACAUGAUCGUUCAAAUCCGUUUGAUUUACCUGAUACCGUUCUCUAUAAAUGUUACAGGUUUUCCUCAGAUGGCCUCAAUAUUCAGGUAGCAUGAAGUCGAAGCAAUGCACUAAUAUUUGCCAAGCUCCAAGUUCCAGUUUCAUGCAGCAUAUUAGUCAUCAUUUGGAAUUUAUUGAAGCAGAUUAGAAAACUCCUCUUAACCCCAAAUGUGACUGCAGAUAAAAUGUGGCCAUCAGAUGAUGGAGAAAAAAGAAAAAUGGUCCUCAUCAAGGCAGGGUGAGGAAAUCACUGUUUACAUGUUGACGUACACUCACCGGCCACUUUAUUAGGUACACCAUGCUAGUAACGGGUUGGACCCCCUUUUGCCUUCAGAACUGCCUCAAUUCUUCGUGGCAUAGAUUCAACAAGGUGUUGGAAGCAUUCCUCAGAGAGCUUGGUCCAUAUUGACAUGAUGGCAUCACACAGUUGCCGCAGAUUUGUCGGCUGCACAUCCAUGAUGCGAAUCUCCCGUUCCACCACAUCCCAAAGAUGCUCUAUUGGAUUGAGAUCUGGUGACUGUGGAGGCCAUUUGAGUACAGUGAACUCAUUGUCAUGUUCAAGAAACCAGUCUGAGAUGAUUCCAGCUUUAUGACAUGGCGCUUUAUCCUGCUGAAAGUAGCCAUCAGAAGUUGGGUACAUUGUGGUCAUAAAGGGAUGGACAUGGUCAGCAACAAUACUCAGGUAGGCUGUGGCGUUGCAACGAUGCUCAAUUGGUACCAAGGGGCCCAAAGAGUGCCAAGAAAAUAUUCCCCACACCAUGACACCACCACCACCAGCCUGAACCGUUGAUACAAGGCAGGAUGGAUCCAUGCUUUCAUGUUGUUGACGCCAAAUUCUGACCCUACCAUCCGAAUGUCGCAGCAGAAAUCGAGACUCAUCAGACCAGGCAACGUUUUUCCAACCUUCUAUUGUCCAAUUUCGAUGAGCUUGUGCAAAUUGUAGCCUCAGUUUCCUGUUCUUAGCUGAAAGGAGUGGCACCCGGCGUGGUCUUCUGCUGCUGUAGCCCAUCUGCCUCAAAGUUUGACGUACUGUGCGUUCAGAGAUGCUCUUCUGCCUACCUUGGUUGUAACGGGUGGUUAUUUGAGUCACUGUUUCCUUUCUAUCAGCUCGAACCAGUCUGGCCAUUCUCCUCUGACCUCUGGCAUCAACAAGGCAUUUCCGCCCACAGAACUGCCGCUCACUGGAUAUUUUUUCUUUUUCGGACCAUUCUCUGUAAACCCUAGAGAUGGUUGUGUGUGAAAAUCCCAGUAGAUCAGCAGUUUCUGAAAUACUCAGACCAGCCCUUCUGGCACCAACAACCAUGCCACGUUCAAAGUCACUCAAAUCUACUUUCUUCCCCAUACUGAUGCUCAGUUUGAACUGCAGGAGAUUGUCUUGGCCAUGUCUACAUGCCUAAAUGCACUAAGUUGCCGCCAUGUGAUUGGCUGAUUAGAAAUUAAGUGUUAACGAGCAGUUGGACAGGUAUACCUAAUAAAGUGGCCGGUGAGUGUAUGUACAAAUAAAAAUCUUCCAAUAAACCGCUAACCACUUUGAGGGAUGUUUUUAUAUUUAUUUUUUAUUUGCUCCCAACAUCCUCUUUUCACUACUGCUGUUGCAUCUGAAAUAAUGAGAACAAUGAUGAUCGUGAUCACACACACUGCAUGACAACAUAUUAGGGGUCCAUAAAUAUAUGAACGCACAAAUGUAAUUUACACAAUCUAUGAUUUUUUUUGCCAGCAGUCCCUCCACUUCUAAGCGGCUGCGGCUGUCCUGCUCCUCACUGUUAUAAUGUUGUGGUACUCCUCGUAUUUGCGCAAAGUAAUGCUCUGUUCCUCGGCUGUGAAAUAUGACAUGCAGCCUUCUCUGUUGUGGAGAUUGGUCCAGUGGAACUGAUCCCACCCCCUUUACGUGUGCGCGCAGUGUUGAGAAAAUGCAAUAAUUUUGAGAUAAAUUAUGGUCGCACCACAUGACAUUUUUUAAGGCCACAGGCAAUUCGUCUAUAUGAAAAAAACACAAAAAUUGCCUAAUUUAAAAAUGUAAUGUUAAUUUUUGUAUACAUAACAUCAUUAGUGUAUGAUCUGUUGCAAAAGAUAUUAUUAUUUUUGGUAUUUUAAAAUUGGCAUGUAAAAAAACCUUAUACAUCAUUGACCCAAAUACUACCUAAAACACGUCCUACACCUGCUGUGCAUCUCUUUUACAACCUCUUUGACAUCAGCUGGUUAUUUAAAGUUAACAGUAAAGACAAAAGACAUGAUCAUAGACUUAAGCAGAUCCAAACCCUAUCCUUAGCCAGUGAACACCUGUGGCGUGGACAUUGAAGUGGUGACAUCAUAUAAAUACCUUGGUGUACACCUGGAUAAUUAAUUGGACUGAUCUAAGAAAUUAGACUUAAUCUACAGAAAGGGGCAGGGCCACCUCUUUUGCCUGAGAAGACUUGGAUCAAUAGACAUCUUCAGUAAGAUGCUGCAGAUGUUUUAUCAGUCUGUGUUGGCAAGUGUUCUACACUGCAGUCUGCUGGGGAGGAAGUAUCAAACACAAAGAUGUAAGAUGUCUAAACAAACUGAUCAAAAAAGCUGGCUCUGUGGCUGGAUUCAAGUUGGACUCACUGGAGGAUGUGGUGGAGAGGUGUACACUGAGGAAGGUGGAGGCUUUUCUAAAGGACAUGUAUCACCCACUUCAUAACACCUUGAUGGACCAAAGGGCCAAUGGUGGCGGACAGCUCCUCUCACUUUGCUGCAAGACAGAAAGAUUCAGAAGAUGUUUUGUACCCACAGCCAUCAGACUUUACAACUCUUCUGUAAACCGUAGAUAACUUUUUGUGACAUGACAAAUGAGACUACAGAGAAUUGAUUUUCCCUUCAGGGAUCAAUAAAGAUCUUAUCUAGUUUAUAAGUUGUGACAGCUGUUUCCACAAUGUAACUCUGCCUUGUUGCUUUAGUUGUGAUGAUUGAAACACUGUGUCUUAAGUGAAUGUAGCUGCAGAUUUGGAAUUGUAAUUGUUGUGUCCCAAACACCAAUUUCUAUGAGUUUUAUCUAGCAGACUAGCUGACACUACAUGAAGCAUAGGCAAGGUACAUGAACUGUAUAAUCAAACAAUUUUCUUCUUCUCUUUCUGCCAGCCAAUACCUACUUCUUCAUGGUGCAGGCUCAAGGCAUCAUGUUGAGGGACAAUGUGAGGACCAUUGGCCAAAUGAUCCGAUUAUACACCAAUAAGAACAAUACCCUCAAUGGGACAGGUAAGUGCUACACUUAAACACUUGUUACAGAGUGGAUGGUUGCUCUGAUUACAUAUACUGCGAGUGCAGCUCUGUCUAAUGAUUGAAGACCCUCUGAGGUGAUGAACCAGAGCAUGUAGAUGACGCGUAUUUCCAUAAUAAAACACCAUAGUCGUCAAUUUUUCCUUUCUUGAAUUUACUUGGUUUACUUUUCAUAACAAAACGAUACCUUUUACAAAUAAUAAUGACGAAAUCAAGACCUGAUGUAAACAUGGUCAAAAACUAUUGUGCUCUCAAAAACCCACAGCUGCACUAAUUACCCAAGAAAAACCUGCAGGUCUCACAUUACAUGUCUCCUCCAAUAGGAGAGCUGCAGUAGUAAUCGGCUUCAAUUAAACUUUAAAGUAAAACUAUACAACUGUUCAGUCUCUCAGAAUUCUAAUCAGGAUAAAUAAAAAUUAUGAUCUGUCAAAUUAUCAGUAGUGCACAAAAGGCUCUAACAUAACCUGCCCCUAAUUUAUUCGGUUAACUCAAUAUUAAUCACCGAAAUAUAAGCAUAGAGCCAGUUUUAUUUAUUUUAUUUUUUUCUUAAUAAAAAAUAAGUCUCUCUCCCUUUUUUCUGAUAUGAUUCAAAACAGAAAGGUGUCUUUAGCUAAUUUAGUCUCCUGUGAUCUUUAUGUUGCCUCUUCUAAGAGGGCAAACUUAGUAACAGGUCUCUCUAAGAUGCUGGUCUUCAUCUGAACACAGACACUGUGGAUAAUCCCUUUUGAGUCUGGCAUUGUCUUGACAAUCCUUCCUAUCAACCAGGAGCUUCUGAGCAUGGAGGGGUCUAUGAUGAGGAUGGCAUCUCCCAUGUUGAAAUUCCUUCUCGUUGUGUUUAAUUUCUGCCUUUCUUUUAAAAGAGGCAGACACUCCUUUGUCUGUCUGCACCAAAAAAGUCUACCAUAUAUUGUAUUUUUCUCAAGUGGCUACGCACAAAGAGAUCGUUCUUUGAGAAAACACCUGGUGGAAUAUUUUCCUUAUUCAUAGAAUGUAAUUUCUGCCUAAGCGUCCUGUCAUUUUAUGUAUGUGACAGAGGAUGAGCUUGGUGAUCCAAUAUCCAAUAUCCUUGUGUAGGAUAGCUGGGUGUUUGGCAUCCGGUGGCAUUGCAGCUCAGCUUAACUGUCCUCCUACUCUGAUUACUCUAUCUUUUAAAUAUGGAUCCAACUUAAAGAUACUUCAAGAUAUGACUACCUUUCCUCACAUGAUCAUUUCCUUCUUGCAGGGCUUUGAGCUCCUCUGCAUAUUUUUCUUUCUGACACAGGCGAAUUAAUUCCAACUCUGCCUUGUCAAGAUCUUCUGUUGUGAGCCCUUGUUUUUCAAAGCUUUGUUUGUACUUGAGCACUCUUUGCUGGUGUAGCGACUCUGCUUUAGAAGGGUUGUUUUCACUAUUAUCAAUUUCUUCUUGAAACUUUUCUUUUCUGUCUCAUGUUUAGCAGAAAGUCUUUUGGUCGCAUCAGCCAGGCUGUUGCUUUUUUUAGUUUGUACCAGCUUGAGAAGUGACGUACAAACAGUCAUUUUAUCCAGGCUCCCUUCUGCUUGUAUGACAGACUUAGGCUUUUGACCUCCGCAUUAUCUUCUUUAGAGUGAAUGGGCUGGUCUGAACAUGUUGGCCAUUCACUCUCUGGUCUUAACAGGAACUCUGGUCCCUGUAUCGAGUUUGCACUCUGCAGCAAGCUCUCAGCGCUUAACCCUCUUGAGGCUUGAUCUGCAGGGUUGUUUGCUAUACUCACAUACCUCCACUGUGAUGGCUUUGUAGCUUCUUUAAUGAGUGAAAAUCUGUUAGCUACGAAUAUUUUCUACCUUGCAGCAUCAUUUUCGAUAUACUUAAGGACUGUGACGCUGUCUGUCCAGAAGAUGGAUUCAUCAAGCUGGAACUGGAGCUCAUGCUGAAGCAUCUUGUCAACUUUUACAGAUAUCACGGCUGGCGUCAGUUCCAUCCUGGGAAUGACGACCGGCUUAAGUGAUGUCACUCUUGACUUUCUUAUCAGAAAGGAAAGACACUUCUGGUCAUUUUUGUUGGUCAGCAGGAGGUAUGACACGGUACCAUACUGUUGUUGCUGGAAUCAGAAAAGUGGUGCAGCUGUCGUGUUUUGAUGGCGCCAAAUCCUCCAGGCUUGACGCAUCUGCUGACUCAAAAGGAUGAUAACUUUUCUAAGUUUGCCAACCACCUCUUCUAUCUUUUUGUCUGCUCUUCAGACACUUCAUCAUCCCAUGCUCUUUUUUUCUUUACAGAGUUCCUUCAGGAGAAGCAUGGCUGGUAAGAUAAAAGGAAUCCAAGAGGGUCACAAGCUGAACUUACAACAGACAAGAUUCCUCUUCUAGUACUUUUUUUUUUGUACUUUUAUCUUGAAUUGAAACGUGUCAGAGUUUGUGCACCAUUGGACACCUGUGGGUAACUAGUCAUUAUUGAGGUCAAGAUCUUUUAUUCCUGGCACCCUGUCCUCUUCUGAGAUUGACAUGAGCAGUGCUCUGCAGUUGCUUGUCGACUUGCUCAGGUGAAAUCCUCCACUGAGGGAGAGUGCCCUCAAGUCUUUAGCAAGUGCAAUGGCGUGCUCAUCUGAUGACCCUGAACUCAGGCAAUGGACGUAGAAAUUGUUUAAGACUGUCUCAGUUGCUUCAUGUGAGGCCCACUCUCUUUCAUCGUCAGUUGUCCUUCUUAGUGCAUAUGAGGCACAGCUUGGAAAGGAUGUUGCACCAAACAGGUGCACACACAUUCUGUAGUCUGUUGGCUCUGAACUCAAGUCACCAUCUGGCCACCAUAAGAACUGCAGCAAGUCCAUGUCCUCUUCAGGCACUUUUACUUGAUAAAACAUGGAGUCAAUGUCUGCCAUCAUGCCCACUUUUUCCAUCCUGAACCUUGUCAGAACUCAGAUAAGACUGUUCGGGAGGUCAGGCCCUUAGAGGAGUUUGCUGUUCACUGAUAAUCCCUGGUAUGAUGCAGUACAAUCGGAAACAACUCUUAAUUUUUUCUUUUUAGGGUGGAAUACUCCGUGAUGAGGAAUAAACCAUACUCUACCAUCACUGCAGUCUAGUUCCUCUUCUGGUACCCUGGUGGCAUACCCUUUGGUCAGCAGCUCUCUCAUAAACCUGUCAUACUCCUCGUGAAAGUGAGAGUCCCUGUGAAACUUCCUCUUGAGGCUUGUAAGAUGCUGCUCAGCUAGAGAUCUGUUGUUAGGCAUUCUUUUUUCUUUGUCUUUCAACGGCAGUCCGAUGCAGUAAUGACCAUCAACUACCUGUGUUGAUCUUUGCACUGAGUGGAGAAACUGAUGGUCUUCUUGUGACAUCUCAGACCGGUCAUCGAAUCCUCUCUCUGGAAAGUCUGCAUUGUACAACUGAGUCAACAGAUUUUCCACACUGGACACAGAGACAUGGUUGACAGAGUGACUCAUGAUGUCUUGGUUAACCAUAGUAGAGCCUCUGAGUGGGCCAUUGAUAACCCAUCCAAGAGAUGUCCUUAUUGCAUAUGGCCCAUUGCCUUUACUGUUUAUUAUCUGCUGAGGUUCCAUGGCCUUAUAGACGUCAGUUCCUAUGAGCAAGCCAACUUCUGCUUCAAUGUGCAAGAUGCAAACUGUCUGCAGGUAGGGCCACUAGUCUACAUCUCUCUGCAGAGGUAUGUUGUUCUUUUUCACUGGUAAACCUGUGGAAGGUCAGUGUAGUUCUGUUCUUCCAAGCCACACACUUCCAGGUCUGACAGGACAUGAGUGCUCACCCUCUUUUCAGAUCCUAUUGUAGUGAGUAAAACCUCUGCUUUUCUUCCUUGCAGAUCAAGCUUCUGCAUAACCUUGAUAGUGCAGAAGGUUGCUGUGCUUCCUUGGUCUAAAAAUGCAUAGACCUGCAUUAUUUGGUUACUCUUUUUGGACUUUAUCUUCACUGGGACUAUGGGGAGAAUAGUUUCCCCGUUAUCUUCCCCAGUAUCUCUACUGACUUUAUUCUCUGCCUCUACAAAGGCACUAGUCAUCUUGUUAGUAGGCUGGAGCUUCUUUGGUGACAUGCAAGAUGCUUGGGUGUUUUCUUAAACACUCCCUGCAUUGCAUCCUUUUUCGACAAUCCUUGCUCAUAUGGCCUUGUGUAAGGCAGCCAAAGCAGAGUCCUUUACUUAUUAUAAAUCUGAUUCUGUCUUUGGGAGUCUCACACCCUCAGUCUCUGAUCAUCAUCUCUGGAGACUUUAAUCAUGCAUCGCUGUCCUCCACUCUCCCUACCUUCAGCCAGUAUGUAAACUGCCCAACAAGAGACAAUAAAACUUUGGACUUACUGUAUGCAAACACCAAGGAUGCAUACACCUCCUCCCCCUCCCCCCGCUGGGCCGCUCAGAUCACAACCUGGUGAGACUGCAGCCCAUUUACAUACCUAUGGUGAAGAAGCAACCCCCCACCAUCAGGUAUGUUAAGAGGUGGUCUGAGGAGGCAACUGAGGCGCUGCAGGACUGUUUUGAGACCACAGACUGGGAUGUACUGUGCGGCCCACAUGGUGAUGACAACGACACCAUGACAGACUGUAUCACGGACUAUAUUAACUUCUGUGUUGAGAACACCGUACCCACCAGGAAAGUACGGUGUUUCUCCAACAGCAAACCCUGGGUGACCCCGGAACUUAAAGUCCUCCUGAAGGAGAAGAGGAGGGUCUUUAAAUCUGGGGACAAGGAGGAGCUGAGGAGGGUGCAGAAGGAGUUGAAGAAGAAGAUCAGAGAGGGAAAGGCCAGCUACAAGACCAAGAUGGAAAACCUUUUGCAACAGAACAACGCAAGGGAGGUCUGGAGAGGCCUGAAAUCCAUAUCAGGUCAUAGCAGGGGCCAUGAGAGGGGACCUGAAGCAGGAGACAGGGAGUGGGCCAACAAGCUGAAUCUGUUCUUCAAUAGAUUUGACUCUGCUCCCACUCCUCCCCCGACUCAUCAAACCAACGACCCGUCUGCUGCUCCUUCUUCUUCUUCACACCACCUCAGUCCCAUGGCACCGACACCAUCAACCCCCCUCCACUCAUCCUCCACCACCCCCUCCAGCACCACCCCCAGCCUCUCCAUAACAGCUGACCAGGUGAGAAGUGAGCUGAGGAAGAUGAAGCCAAGGAAAGCCACGGGUCCUGACGGCAUCAGCCUCAGACUCCUGAAAGACUGUGCAGACCAGCUCUGUGAGGUGCUACUGCACAUCUUCAGCUUGAGCCUGAGUCUGGAGAGGGUCCCAACACUGUGGAAGACUUCCUGCGUGAUUCCUGUCCCCAAGACAUCGCACCCAGGGAGCCCAACCACUUCAGACCUGUGGCCCUCACUUCUCACCUGAUGAAGACUCUGGAGAGGAUGGUGCUGAGGAACCUCCGCCCCCUGGUGAGCUCUCAUCUGGAUCCUCUGCAGUUUGCGUACCAGCUGAUCAUCGGGGUGGAUGACGCAGUCAUCUACCUGCUGCAGAGGUCCAUGGCCCACUUGGAUAAUACCGGCAGCACUGUGAGGGUCAUGUUUUUUGACUUCUCCAGUGCGUUCAACACCAUCCAGCCUUCACUGCUCAGGGGGAAGCUCGAGCGGGCGGGAGUAGACUGUCACCUAGCCGCAUGGACCGUGGACUACCUCACCGACAGACCACAGUUUGUGAGGCUUCAGAACUGUGUAUCGGACAUGGUGGUCUGCAGCACGGGGGCUCCACAGGGGACAGUGCUCUUCCCCUUCCUCUUCACCCUGUACACCUCAGACUUCAGCUACAACUCUGGGAGCUGUCACCUCCAGAAGUUCUCUGAUGACACAGCCAUCGUCGGAUGUGUAUCGUCAGGGGAUGAGCGGGAAUACAGGACUGUUAUCACUGACUUUGUCAAUUGGUGUGGCACAAACCACCUCCAGCUCAACGCCAGUAAGACAAAUGAGAUGGUUGUGGAUUUCUGCAGGAGGAGGACACCCCAGACUGUUCCAGUGAACAUCCAGGGUCUGGACAUCGAGAUGGUCCUACAGAUUCCUGGGUGUCCACCUCAACAACAAACUGGACUGGUCAACAAACACAGACGUUCUGUACAAGAAGGGCCUAAGUCGUCUCCACCUACUGAGGAGACUGAGGUCUUUUGGAGUGUGCAGGACUCUGCUCAGGACCUUCUAUGACUCUGUGGUAGCAUCUGCACUUUUCUAUGCAGUGGUCUGCUGGGGGGCAGGGAGCACCGAGAGGGACAGGAAGAGACUGAAUAGACUGGUCAGGAGGGCCGUUUCUGUCCUGGACUGUUCCUUGGACUCCCUGGAGGAGGUGGGUGAGAGGAGGAUGUUAACAAAGCUUGUAUCCAUCAUGGACAAUCCCUCUCACCCACUGCACCAGACAGUGGGGGCUUUAGGCAGCUCCUUCAGCAGCAGACUGAGACUCCCACCCUGCAGGACGGAGCGCUACCGCAGAUCAUUCCUCCCCUCUGCAAUAAGACUUUACAAUGAACAGUAACGAAACUGGAUUUACACCACCACAUUUUUUCUGGCAUUUAAAUUGUGUAUAUUGUAGAAAGCUUUAUUUUUUCUUCUCCCUUUUCUAAUUUUUUUCUUAAUUAUUACAUUUAUUUAAGUUCUUAAUAUUAGGAUCCUUAUUUUUAUAACUGCAUUUUUGCACUCUUUGUCUUGUCUGUGAUGCUGCUGUGACAAAAAAAUUUCCCCCUUGGGGGAUCAAUAAAGGAAUAUUCUAUUCUAUAUUCUAUUCUAUUCCUUUAUCUUCUCACAGACCUUAAAGGGGACCUGCCAUCAAAACUUCAUACCCAUUUGUAUCAUUUUUUCAUAAUCCUUGAUGUCCUCUGAUCAUGUUUGCAACAUAAUUUUAGCUGAAUAGUUAUUUGAUGGUUUGUUUCAAACCAUUUUAGUAUGCCUAAGAAACCUUACAGGAAAACCAACUGAUUUUGGCUCAUUAACAUUUAUGGUAAUAUGCUUUGCUCUGAUUGGAUCGCUGCUGUGAAGCCGCUGUGCUCUGAUUGGCUCAUCAGUGGAGGUUCGGAUUUCGGUUUAUCCAUUUUGCUUAUGUGUGCUGAAGUAAAGGUGCCCAGAUGUCUGUAAUGCUAUCCGGGGAGAUCUCCAGCAGUGUUUUCAUUCAUUCUGCCCAGUUUUAAGUUCAUUUUCCCGGCAGUGAACCCAGGGAAACACCGGCCAUUUAGAAGAGACCCAUAGCGGGUACAGUGGUAGCUGGGUCUCGCUCUGGCUGGAGAGUGAUGUUGACUGUGAAUGAGUACGAGAACGAGAGAGUGAGCACGGCUCACCGAGGACGCGCUCGUGAAUAAUAAUGAGCAAGGUCGGUGUGACGUCAGAAGGACCUGCCUUUUCAAUUGGCCUGGUUUACCCGUUUCUUUUUUUUUAAACCUUUACAGAAUGCAAACGAUGUAACGGUUUGUUUUCACAUUUACAACAUAAGACGAACAUAAUAUGGACCUUAUCUGACACAAAAACACACAAAAUUACAUUUUUGAUGGCAGGUCCCCUUUAAAAGCAUGGCUCUUUUUUGCAGUAAAUGCAAGGACUUUGAAAAGCAACAGCUGGUAUGUCUGGACCUUGCUGCUUCUAUUGUGGACAUUGAGCACUACUUUGUCCCCCUGUUGGAGAGACACUUGUAGCAAAGCGGCUUUUGGGGUUACUUCUCCUAAAGGUUAUCCUUUGCUUCCCCUUUCCUUCUACGCCAAUGUCCAAGAUAUCUCCAAACAGUGGGUCAUUAAAAACUUGCUUGCCAGUUGAUAAAAUUCACCACAUCAACAAACCUAGCUCUUCUUCCUGGCUUGCUUGGAUCUUAUAUGCUUGAUUUCUCCACUGCUCCUUUAACUUGAAGGGUAGUUUUGAGAUGACAGUCUUCAUAUUGCUAGGAUUGUUGAUUUCAUCCAUGAACUCAACACGCUUCAUAGUGUUUCGGCAUCCUAUCAGAAAUAAAGCACAUACAAUCAGAAGGGGCUGCUAGCUUCAAACGGUCUGUAGGUGCCACUGAACUGGUUGCUCUGUAAGUUGAGGCCCCAAAAUGGGACAUUAGCAGACUGCGCUGGUUGCUGUGUGCACAGAGGUGUUAAAGAAUCUGCUGCUGUCGCAUCAUCUUCAUCUUUAACUUGACCUGUGUCUUUUAACCCUGCUCUGUGCUUGUACUCUGUCUUGUAGUAUUCAGUCAUUCCAUCUUGACCAUCUUCAUAAUAACCACCUUUAUCUUUUCAUCUGCUGCAGCAAUCUUAGCAUUUAGCUUCAGCUGUUCCUUGCGUGCCUUUAAGUGAGCCUCUUCCCUCUCUAUUUUUGUUUUUCCUUUAAAAAGGCAGCACGUGCCACCAGUUCUUCUCGCUCUGCCUGUAGCUUUAAGCAAGCAGAGCUUGUGUUGGACCCUUGUGAUUAGCGACUGACCACUGAGCUGGUUCUCUUUCCUUUAGAUGUGCAACUGCUUAUUUCUAAGAUCGUCAUCACCAUCAUUAUCAUCAUCAAUCUCUUUGUCAUCAUUGUUCUUUUCAUCAGGAUGUGUCAUUAUCCUUUCCACCCAAUCCUUUGUUUCUCAUAAAAAGUUUUCAAUUUGCCCACAUUUGGCCUUAUACCAGUUGUCUCGAUCCUCUUUUUUAUCUUCUUCCUCAAAAAGAGGCAACAGUUCUGCAUUUAUCUCUUUAAAUUGUCCAUAAAACUUGAUAUAGAUAAGCAAUGCUUCUUUUUUACUUCAACUUUGUCUCUCUUUUUCUCUAGGGCUUCAAUCUCUUUUCUUUUACGAGUAAGCUGCACCAACUUGCCUUUUCUUUCAUUCUUAAGCCUGUUAAGUUUUCCUUCUACAGCCUUUGCCAUGGGCUUUGGCGUCCUCUUCUUGCCAUGUGCCACACCUUCCAUUAUUUUCGGUUUCACUCUUAUUUGCACAAAAACUGUCUUCCUUUCUUUACAAUGACAGCUUCUCACUCUUCCGCAGAAACUUUCAAGAGUUUUAAUUUUAAGUGAAUUCUUAGAAGUGACCACUUGUAGCUUUAGUGUGUGGCGUUUCAGGCUCACCUGAGCGCAGCUGCCGUUAGUGUGGCUGUGGCUGAAUCCUCCUUACGCGUUUUGCGGCCUAUCCAUGUCUGUAAGGUUCACCUGGUGUGUUUCAUCCUUUAUGAGUGAAGACUAACUUUUACAAUCCUCUUCUCCUCCUUUCAAGGUGUCUUCUGUAUGCGUAGUCCUCUCAACAAGCGUAGUCUUUGACUUUUGUGAGUGAAGCUCCGUCUAAUGAUUGAAGACCCUCUGAGGUGAUGAACCAGAGCAUGUAGAUGACGCGUAUUUCCAUAAUAAAACACCAUAGUCGUCAAUCUUUCCUUUCUUGAACUUACUUGGAGGUUUACUUUGCAUAACAAAACGAUACCUUUUGCAAAUAAUAAUGACGAAAUCAAGACCUGAUGUAAACACGGUCAAAAACUAUUGUGCUCUCAAAAACCCACAGCUGCACUAAUUACCCAAGAAAAACCCGCAGUAUUGAGUGAAGGGUGUGAAUACUUAUGUAUGAGUGUUCUUAUUUUUAAUACAUUUGCAAAAUGUUCUAAAAAAAGUUUUUCACUUUGUCAUUAUGGGGUAUUUUGUGUAGAAUCUUUGAGGGAAAAAGGGAAUUUAAUCAAUUUUGGAAUAAGGCUGUAACAUAACAAAAUGUGGAAAAAGUGAAGUGGUAUGAAUACUUUCUGGAUGCACUGUAUACCUACCUACCUAUUACAUAUCAUAGGUAAAGAGCUAACUCUCAGACCAAGGUUAACAUGGUCUUUCAACUUUACCAUCACUUACGCAAGACUGCUAUUUGAACUUUCCUUUCAAAUUUGCAAUAACACUAACAGCCCUAAGUAUACAUGAUAAAAGCUCAAACUUAGCUACAUACUACACUUUUACACAUCACAAUAUACUUAAUACACAGAAAGCUCUGCAAGGUCGUCCGAUUAUUACACAAUGAUGGAAAGAAGCAGAUGCAGAGAGGAGCUCAGUGAAUAAGAUAUGUGUCAGAGUAGUCAAUAAACUCAAGUUUAUGAUGGUACAACUGACCGCGCUACCUUGAACAACCUACUUCAACAAAUACAAGGAAUGCACUUAAUACUAAUAUAGCUGGUAAACUGUGAGUAUGGCCAAAGUUUGAAGGGUGCAGUAGAAGAAAGAAAGAGGUAGAAUGAAAAAUGUGGAUGAUCAAUGAAUGUGGAGUAAUGCUCGUUGUAAAAAUUAAAGGUGUAAGAAUGAUUUUGCUUACCUCCAACACUGUGACUCAGCCAAGCUAAUUUAAGCCACUAAACCACUUAAAGUAUUUAAAGUAUUGUCUUAUAUCUACCAAAGCUUUCAAAUUUAUGCUAUAAUUUAUUUCAUUUAAACAGUUAGGUAUCCUUCACCUCUUAUCCUCCACAGAAACUAGUGCUGAUAUCUAUAGGAAAAAUAAAUUGCAGAAAAGUAAGUAGGGGGGUAAAGCAACUACACCCAGAGAUCGUAGAGGCUGCAGCACCAGUGUUUAGUCAAACAAAUAUAAUUAUAGUAAGAAAAGUGGAGUACUUGGAGAAACAGCAUUUAUGAUGUGUAUUGAUUAAAUAUUCAAAAUCAUGUUCAAUAGGGAUGGAACGGUUUAAGAAACCGUACUGAACCGUUCUGUUCGACCGUCCCGGUUCGGUGCGCUUGCGUCCCGUUCGGGUCAUACACAUGCGCAACUAUGAGUGUGUCCCAGAAAUUAGUUGUAGAGGAGCUGUGAACAUGGCGAGCGGAGAAGACUCGGGGCUGGAAGACGCGCCACCAGCGUUAUAUAGGUCCGGUGUAUGGGAGCAUUUUGCAUUCAGGGUGAACUAUGAAGGCGUUAAGAAAGUUGUGGAUAAAAGUGCGACAGUGUGCAAGUACUGUGCAACACGCAUUGCUUAUGCUAACGGGAACACAUCUAACAUGUCAGUUCAUUUACGGAGACAUCAUCCCAGUGUGGCUGUUGACAGCGCAAGGAGGGGCAACGCUGCACAACUUCUUCUCCUCGCAGCUUUUAAACAGCCGUACAAUGACUGGUCGGACAGGGCGAAGGGCAUAACAAAGGCACUGGGGUGUUUCAUCGCCAAAGAUAAGCAACCUUACGCCAUGGUUGAGGGUGCGGGAUUUCAGUGAAUGAUAAAGGCGCUCGAGCCGCGAUAUAAGAUCCCCCUCCCGCAAACACCUGAGCGCCUCGGUAAUUCCCGCACUUUAUGAAAAGAUCCGAUGGGGAAUUGUGAAAGAACUGUCUGACACAGCCUAUGUUGCUCUUACUACCGAUGGAUGGACCUCCAGGGCAACUGAAAGUUUCCUGACUGUGACUGUCCAUUACAUUACCUCAGAGUAGGAGAUGAGGGGACAUUGUCACUGCAAGUAGAUCUCGUCUCUUGGCAGAGAAUGUGGACAAACUGAUCUUCUUGCAGAAGAACUUGAUGAUACAAUGAGCAGAGUUGUGUGAGAGAGUGCAGGAGAGCGCAGGAUCUGUUAAAUUUGGUUUAUGCUGCAUUUUAUAUUGAUGACCUCUUAAUUUGGAUUAUGUAUUUCAUUUACUUUAGACUUUAGAUAACACAGUGACACUUAAAGUUUGAUCAAAACUACAGCCUGAUUUCUUUGAUUGUAUUUCACACACUUCACUGCGCUUCAAUUUCAAGUGAAAAAUACUGAGCUUUUCAUUAACAACUAAUAAUCAGGGAGUUGUUACAUGUUACGAGAAAAAUGUUGUUUUUGUGUUGAUUUUAAAAGGGCAUAAGUCUAGUGCUGAUAGAGCCUAUGCUUCACUUUAUGUUGAUGGUAUAGAAUGUUGUUUGUAAAAUAGUAAAGUUCAAUUCUUUUGUAUUCACUAAUUCAAGGGUCAGAGCUAUAAGAGCCAUUUUACUUUUUGUUUAGAUAGAUAGAGAUAUCCUUUGCCAAAUAAAUGUAAAGCAUGUUUGAACUAUGUCUCCUCUCUUGCACUGCCAGAAUCUGACCUACCUUUGAACCUAAGACUGUCACAAUGAUGUAUUGAAUGUCAGACUGCCUCAUUCUUUCAGUUUACUAUACAAGACGCAAUUGAUUUUUGUAACAGUUAAUGUAUACUGAACCGAACCGAAAACCGUGACCACAAAACCGUGAUACGAACCGAACCGUGGAUUUUGUGAACCGUUCCACCCCUAUGUUCAAUAUACACUCACCGGCCACUUUAUUAGGUAUACCUGUCCAACUGCUUGUUAACACUUAAUUUCUAAUAGGCCAAUCACAUGGCGGCAACUUAGUGCAUUUAGGCAUGUAGACAUGGUCAAGACAAUCUCUUGCAGUUCAAACCGAGCAUCAGUAUGGGGAAGAAAGGUGAUUUGAGUGACUUUGAACGUGGCAUGGUUGUUGGUGCCAGAAGGGCUGGUCUGAGUAUUUCAGAAACUGCUGAUCUACUGGGAUUUUCACGCAAAACCAUCUCUAGGGUUUACAGAGAAUGGUCCGAAAAAGAAAAAAUAUCCAGUGAGCGGCAGUUCUGUGGGCGGAAAUGCCUUGUUGAUGCCAGAGGUCAGAGGAGAAUGGCCAGACUGGUUCGAGCUGAUAGAAAGGCAACAGUGACUCAAAUAACCACCCGUUACAACCAAGGUAGGCAGAAGAGCAUCUCUGAACGCACAGUACGUCGAACUUUGAGGCAGAUGGGCUACAGCAGCAGAAGACCACGCCGGGUGCCACUCCUUUCAGCUAAGAACAGGAAACUGAGGCUACAAUUUGCACAAGCUCAUCGAAAUUGGACAAUAGAAGAUUGGAAAAACGUUGCCUGGUCUGAUGAGUCUCGAUUUCUGCUGCGACAUUCGGAUGGUAGGGUCAGAAUUUGGCGUCAACAACAUGAAAGCAUGGAUCCAUCCUGCCUUGUAUCAACGGUUCAGGCUGGUGGUGGUGGUGUCAUGGUGUGGGGAAUAUUUUCUUGGCACUCUUUGGGCCCCUUGGUACCAAUUGAGCAUCGUUGCAACGCCACAGCCUACCUGAGUAUUGUUGCUGACCAUGUCCAUCCCUUUAUGACCACAAUAUACCCAACUUCUGAUGGCUACUUUCAGCAGGAUAAUGUGCCAUGUCAUAAAGCUGGAAUCAUCUCAGACUGGUUUCUUGAACAUGACAAUGAGUUCACUGUACUCAAAUGGCCUCCACAGUCACCAGAUCUCAAUCCAAUAGAGCAUCUUUGGGAUGUGGUGGAACGGGAGAUUCGCAUCAUGGAUGUGCAGCCGACAAAUCUGCGGCAACUGUGUGAUGCCAUCAUGUCAAUAUGGACCAAACUCUCUGAGGAAUGCCUCCAGCACCUUGUUGAAUCUAUGCCACAAAGAAUUGAGGCAGUUCUGAAGGCAAAAGGGGGUCCAACCCGUUGCUAGCAUGGUGUACCUAAUAAAGUGGCCGGUGAGUGUAAGAUGCUUAAUAGGCAUUAAGUAAUAAAUGGUUAUGAACAAAGUGAUGGGUUUAUAAGUGCCAUAAAAAUUCCUAGCAGCACUCUAGUAGUACAUUAGAGGCAUGUACUACGGAGCUGGAUUAACACACCCAGGAUAACUCUGCAACAACUCACUCAACUUCACUAGAUCUCUGUUAUCCCCAUCAGCUGUUAUCACAAAGCAGGAUAUCAACUCAAUAACUAAAUCCAGUGGUGGUCAAUCUAAAUCCAUAAAGGGGGCGGGGCCACCGGACCUAUUUCCACAAUGAUGAAGGCUGCGAGAGUGUCAUAUCGAGUGACAUUUCAUAGCCAAGGAACAAAGCUUUAUAUUACCCAAAUACAAGGAGUACCGCAACAUUAUGACAACACUGCCGCAGCUGCGAGACGCCGGAGGGACUGCUGGCAAAAAAUCACUGAUUGUGUAAAUUACAUUUGUGCGUUCAUAAAUUUAUUGUCCCUAAUAUGUUGUCAUGCAGUGUGUGUGAUCACCAUCAUCAUUGACAUCAUUGACAAUUAUUUUAGCUGCAACAGCAGUGGUGAAAAGAGGAUGUGGGAGCAAAUAAAAAAUAAAAAUAACUAGGGCCCCGUUGGGGCACUGGCGGGCCCGAGCCGUGUCACGCCGCCCCCAGCGCGACCGCCUCCCCCACCCGAUCGCGUCACACUCAAGGUCCAAAGAUGGUGUGCGCACUUGUUUGUGGUCAUUUACCAUUAUAAUGAACGGGAGGCGCAGUUUCUACCAAAACGCUCGCUGCAGAAAAACUCCAUGUCCUAUUUGAAAAAAGUCUGGACCAUGAGUGAGGGCACAAACACAGCUAAGAUAUAUCCAAAUGGCAAGUUGCUCCUCCUUUCGCUUUUGCCGAGAGAGCAGUGCGUUUGAGCCAUUGAAUGAUGAACAGGAAAAACUUGACUUUAUUCUCCUGCCAUGGGGGGCGCUCUUUUAAAGAGAAAAAACUCCUUCACAAAUGUGUUGAUGGCUGGACAUUGCAUCAUCCUAGAAAACAUGGAGGCCAGUGAGGACAAAAAUAAAAAGUUAUAAGACUUUUAAAUAUGUGGAUUUUAGGGUUAUAUUUGGCGCCCCCUAGAACCUAAACCGUGGGGUGCAGCGUCAUGAUUUGAAUAACUUUUAAUGGCCAUGGGGUGUAGAUUGGCCUGAGCAAAUGUGGUGCCGGUGGAACGAAAGCCUUCGGAGGAAUUAGCGAAAUUCCAAUGUGUGCGAAUCUGCAAAAAAUGCGAAAUAACCCUUUAACCGUACAUUUUACAGAUACGUGGCCAUUGACUUUUUCGAAGAUCUUAUAUAAAUACACGUGUAUGUAAAAUUUUGUGUCAAUACGACAAAACAUACAGGCGUAGCACUCAACAAUGUGUAUUUUCACCUUAGUGGACAAGAAAAAAUUGACUUUUUUCUCCUGCCAUGGGGGGCGCUCUUUUGCCGAGUAAAAAUUCCUUCACAAAUGUGUUGAUGGCUGGACAUUGCAUCAUCCUAGAAAACUUGGAGGCCAGUGGGGACAAAAAUAAAAAGUUAUAAGACUUUUAAAUAUGUGGAUUUUACGGUUAUCUUUGGCUCCCCCUAGAACCUAAACCGUGGGGUGCAGCGUCAUGAUUUGAAUAACUUUUAAUGGCCAUGGGGUGUAGAUUGGCCUGAGCAAAUGUGGUGCCGGUGGAACGAAAGCCUUCGGAGGAGUUAGCGAAAUUCCAAUGUGUGCGGAUCGGCAAAAAAUGCGGAAUAACCCUUUAACCGUACAUUUGACAGAUACGCGCGCAUUGACUUUUUCGUAGAUCUUAUUGAGAUACAUGUGUGUGUCAAUUUUUGUGUCAUUUUGCCAAAGCGUACAGGUGUUACACUCAACAAUGUGUAUUUUCACCUUAGGGGACAAGAAAAAAUGGACUUUUUUCUCCUGCCAUGGGGGGCGCUCUUUUGGGGAGUAAAAAUUCCUUCACAAAUGUGUUGAUGGCUGGACAUUGCAUCAUCCUAGAAAACUUGGAGGCCAGUGAGGGCAAAAAUAAAAAGUUAUAAGACUUUUAAAUAUGUGGAUCUUAGGGUUAUCUUUGGCGCCCCCUAGAACCUAAACCGUGGGGUGCAGCGUCAUGAUUUGAAUAACUUUUAAUGGCCAUGGGGUGUAGAUUGGCCUGAGCAAAUGUGGUGCCGGUGGAACGAAAGCCUUCGGAGGAGUUAGCGAAAUUCCAAUGUGUGCGGAUCGGCAAAAAAUGCGAAAUAACCCUUUAACCGUACAUUUGACAGAUACGCCCGCACUGACUUUUUUGUAGAUCUUAUUGAGAUACAUGUGUGUGUCAAUUUUUGUGUCAUUUUGACAAAGCGUACAGGCGUGACAGUGAAUAGUGUGAAUUUUCACCUUAGGGGGCGCUAUGGAGCCAUUUUGCAUUUUCUUGUUUGGGCGACUUCGGAAUAUCAAAUUUUUCACCAGGCCCGGUCGUCCUGCCAAAUUUCAUGAGUUUUCGCCAGUGGGAAGUGGGCCAUUUUCCAGUUCAAAGGGGAGGAAAAAUAAUAAUAAUAACAAAAGAAGGAAACUACAGGAACAAGAGGGCUCUCGCAGCUGCUUAGCAGCUACGCUCGGGCCCUAAAAACAUCCUUCAAAGUGGUUAGCAGGUUUAUUGGAAGAUUUUUAUAUGUCAACAUGUAAACAGUGAAUUCCUCACACUGCCUUAAUGAGGAGCUGGAAAUGCAAUUUAACAUCAUAGAACAGAUUCAGCGAACAGUUGUUUUACCUUGCUUGAGCUUCCUGCACAGCACGACUCCCUGAAGAUGCAGGAGUCCUGCACAGAACCUGGCCACUUUGCCUUAAGGGGUAAUCAGACCAAAUGCGACCAGGUCGUGUCGUGUCGCUCCUUCAGGUCGCGUCGUGCCCUGGUGUGUUCACAGCAGGUCCAAAGCUGCAGUCGCAGGUCGCGGCUGGUCGCCGAUGACGUCAUCCAUGAGAAUGUCACUAGCUCAGUUUUCAGUGCGACCAGUGUUUAAGAUGGCCAACAUCGUCCUCUGUGCUGCCGCAUAUCUGUACAUCCGCAGUAGCCGCCGCCGGCGUUUAUGGGUGCAUGAAACCAUCCGGAGGAGGACAGAGCUGGGUGAAUUUCACGGCUUGCUCCAGGAACUCUGCCUGGACGACGGCCACUUCCAGCGGUAUUUGCAUGUGUCGACGGCGCAGUUCGAGGACGCCCUCGCCCGGGUGGGAAGCAGCAUCUCCCGCCAGGACACGAACUACAGGCGCUCCAUCUCAGCUUCGGAGCGCCUGUCUAUCUGUCUGUCCCUCAUAUAAACGUCCCUAAGCCCCUUCCACCGCUUGCGGCACACAUCUACUGCAAAGACACACACACAUACGUUGAAACAUGUAGCCUAGCAAGCAGGGGCAGUUAGCUAUGUUUUCAUAAAACAGUCCGCUCACUGAAAUAAAUAAACAAGCUUACCAGAAAGCCCGACAUCAUGGGCCACCUUCACCCAUGCUUCUUCCUUGGAGGUGCGGUCCCGGAAGAGCCCGCACCCCACGUCGUAUAGCACCGGGUGGUAGCUAACAGCUGUGAUUAGCUGCUCCUCCAUUGUGUGAAUCUUCUUCUCCUCCUUGCUUCGCCGGUUUGUUGACAUCAGCAGAGCCCUGAUUGGCUGUCGCGAAGAGUCGCUGGGAGCGACGCGACUUGGGGUCCUGGGACCUCGCGUCGCAGGCAGCCGGCGGUCGCCAAGUCGCGUCAGGUUGCGGCUGUCCAUAGACUUUGCAUUGGGAGCCGUUGCCGACGUCGCCGAGGUCGCGUUUGGUCUGAACACCCCUUUAAGGCUCGUGACCAUCAUCUGAUGGUCAGAUGUCAUCUGCAGACACAUUUGGGUCUAAGGUGGGGUAGGCAGGAAUCUGUUGAAGAAGCAUCCUUUUUAGUGGUGUAUUCAAAAACCUUUUAUAUCAGUCAAUAACUAUUAGUUAUUGAUGACAUUUGGGAAUAUAACGAUAUCCCUGUGUUCUCUUAUGUCUGUCUAGUCAACAUUUUAAAUUUUUUAAGCGGCCUACUCAUUCUGACUAUAAACAAAGCCACUCUCCACCACCUCGACCUGAUUGGCUGUGAAGCGGACCCUGCUCCUUAGUGCUGAUUGGUUGUGAAGCAGACCCUGCUCCCUCGUGUUGUGAGGCAGGCUCCACGUCCACAAAUAACAUGCAUGCCCAAACAAAGAUAGCGUGCUACAAUAUCGGGCAGUAGAAACCAACUAGGAAGUACAGAAAUUUGUCUGAAUCCUCCUUUGGUCAUAACUGCCAACACAAUCAAUAAAACAAAGUAAACGAGGGCUUAAAAAGGAGGCAGACCGGACAAGAGCUAAAAAGCUAGGUCAACAUCAGUGUAGCAUAAAUGAUGGGCGAUGCUUCGAUACCUUAAGGACCUUGUAACCUUUCUGCUGGACAGGUAAACUGCUUUAACAAAGUAAGCCAAGUGUCUGUAACAAAAGUGUUUCCUAUCAAACGGGACCUGCUGCGUGUUGUAGUGCCACUAAACUGUUAACCUCGGGUCCUGAAGUAUGUCACUUUAUCCUUAUUGUAGAAGUCCUGCAAACAUUGUGUUUGCUGGUAGUCUGUUGGCAUCUACAAUAGCACCAAUGCUUUUACUUUACCCCAUUUGUAAUUAUCUGAAGUAUUUAUCUACAUUAUAUCUGAAUUUAACUGAAACGAUACAAGCGAGGACAAUCGUCUGUUUGUGGGCAGGGCUUGCCGGAGCAGAGAGGGAGGGAGAGGAGGAGCUGAGGGGAAAACUGGUUGGGAGGGGUAGUGUUUACAUUCAAGAUGUCUCUCAAAAACUGGAACUUCCUCAGAUCCUGCUUACCCUCCUUUUAAGAGGAGUUUUCUAAUCUGCCUCAAUAGAUUCUAAAAGAUGACUGAUAUGGGGAUGUGCAGUCUAUGGCCUUGAUCACUCUGAGGAAGCCUGAGCAAAGAGAGGAUUCAAUAUCCAAAUGCAUACAUAGAAUAGCAUCAUAUGUGGACUUGCUAUUUAUGAACCUACCUGCCAGAGCAUAAAACCUCUCUUUGAUGGUAUGCAGGGGCAAAUGGCCAGGGAAAACAACAAACAUGUACAGCAGAUCCGUCAGUGCCCCAGCAACUUUAUGAACUGCUUUGCAACAGGUAUUUUUGCUCAGGUUUUCUGCAUCUCCCACAGCAUACAUGAAAGUGCCUGUGGGUUUUGUAAAAAAAAUGAAUAAGUGGUGGAAUAAAGUAUGCUAAUGCAAAUUUAUCUUUUGUCUUUUUAUGCGAGCCAUGCUUUGUCAGCGUUAAAUGCCAUGAACGUAAUUAGACAACUAAAUCCAUAUAAAUACUCAGUGGCAAAAACACUCAAUGCAAGGCAUACAGUCUGCGAGACUGUGGGCGCCCGACUGCGGUGGGGAACGUUGGCCACCAAAGGCUCCAACAGCUCACUAAUACAUUGCAGCCUGUCCAAGAAAAACCUGUAACGUUCAUAGAGAAUGUCAUCAGGUAAAUCGAACGUAUAUGAACAAUCACAGAAAUAACGCUCUCGACUAAGCGCUCCUCUCACUAUCCAUGCACCAAUGUCCACAGGAUCCAACAAAAGUGGGCGAGCCAUUUUCCAUGAGAUCCGAUGGUCAGUGGACGGUCUUUUAUACACACUGAGAUCUUAUUCAGAAACAAAACCUGCUCUGGAGCAGGUUUAGCAUUCCGUAAAAGUUUCUGGGGCAACGGACCUGGAUAGAAAGAAAUCCGCCAUCGUGGUACAGAAAAGGCAGGAGUUAUCCAGAAAUUAUCUCGCUAAGAUCAAAUCCCGCUUUGUUGUACAGGCCUCAGAUGAUGUUGGAGAGGGCAUAUAGAGUAUGCCUGUUUUUAUGCCUGAUAUUCAGUGUCAUUGUUUUUCUGCAGACUAUCCUGAUGGCAGUAACUCCAGUGAGUACCUGGUCCAGCCAACCACAUACCUCCCUGAGAACUUCACCUAUGCCCAGAACCUCCCCUGCCCAGAGCGAUUACCUUCUAUGAGUAAGUAGACCAAUGCCACAGAGUUUGGCCAGGUUUUCACAUGUAAGUCAUGUUUCAUGAUUAUUAACUAAGGUAGCCAUGCUUUAAGAGUAAGGGGAGGAUGUUUUGGCAGGGCUGUACAGUAGGACCUAUAUGUCGCAAAUGCUACAAGACAAUCAUCCUGCGCUACGAUUUUUUUUGUCCCUUAGCACUGGUUUGGUAAGGGCCAGAGAGCUAUUGUAAACAUUUGUGUGUGUAUAUGUGUGUGCUAUACUUACAUCAAUAGCUUCCCCUCAAAUGCAGUACAGUAGUUGCAGUUUAUGCGAGAGAGCGAGCGAGUCCCUACUCCAGGAAAAGACUGAAGCGCUUCACGAGGCAAACAAAACAAUCACCAAACUCAAACUCCGUAUUCAAAAACUCUCUGAUGAGCUCAAAUCAAAAUCCACUCUCCUCACAACCUGCAUUGAUGUGGCUCACCAGCAAUCCCUCCACCUUUUCUCCCUCCAAACAACCCUUCAGGACACACUACCCUGGGAGCCUCAAAGCCCGUCCACCACGUCCCAACCGCCAUCCACCACUGCACCCAACCAGGACUCAACAUGGACUGAAAUAACCACACGCGGCAGAAAAAUCACCAACACCACCCCCAGGAACCCGGCCGGGCCUACCUCAAGCUCCAUGCCGAGCAAUCCACUGACCCGGUCCGAGGUCCUUGCCGGCGUCAAGACAAAUCCUUCCAAUGAUCCCUCUACAAUCCGGCUGUCCCUCUCAAACCGCUUCGAGGCUCUUGAGAAUCCUCCUGAGCCUGCCAACUCCAGCAUGAACCAGUCCCUUCUCGGCGGUGACGUGGCGGCGUCCCCUACAGCGGCUGCCGGAGCUCCCAUGGCUCCUACAUGGCCACCCGAUGGAGCCCCCGGGCCUUCGUCCACGUCCUCCGGUGCCCUCGCGGCGUGCCGGCUCGAGGACCGGGUAGCCUCCGCUCUUCUAGCGACCAGCUCCCGGGCGUCACCGGGCGCUGGCGCUAAGAACACCUCCCUGCCGGCGUACAGAGGGAUUCCCGUGUGGCCUGGCACUGACGGAGGGGACCCUUCUCCGUCGGUCCCUGGUCGCGCGCGGUGUCCCGGAACCCGCCUUGACCACCGCUCGGAGAGCCGGCCCGCGUCCUCGGCCGCCCGCAGGAGGUUUCUCCGGGAGGCAGUCCGAUGGAACUCCACCGGGCCCGCUUCAGCUGCCCCGGACCGAAAUGGCAGACCAUCCCCGCAGCCGCUGGCAUCCACCGCACUGCUGAGUCCCCGUACCCCGGCCACCAGCCCUGCUUCGGAUAUAGGAGCCAUGCACCCCCCGCCGCUGUUUCCCCCCACCACCUUGAUCAUCGGUGACAGCAUCAUACGAGGUAUUCGUUAUUUUAAUGCCAUCACUCGCUCUUUCCCCCGUGCAACUGUCGCCGACAUCACAGCAAAACUCCCCGGUCUUCUCCAAUCACUUCCUGCCUCUAUCCACCGUUUUAUUGUCCACGUUGGCACCAACGACACGGCUCGCCAACAGUCUGAACGGACAAAAAAAGACUUCAGGACACUUCUCGAUAGCCUUCAGUGCAGUGGCAAAACUGUUUUUAUAAGUGGCCCGCUACCAACACUGACACGUAGCAUCGAUCGUUUAGCCGCCUCCUCAGCCUAAACUCCUGGCUUCGAGCCCUCUGCUGCACCCUUUCCACCCACUUCAUUGACAAUUUUAACCUGUUCUGGAACCGACCCCCAUUCUUCUCUAAUGACGGACUUCACCCAAACAAACUGGGCCAUCAGACACUUGCCGCUAAUAUCCAACACCACAUACACACCAACUGACUAUCAUUGUUUACAUACUCCCUGUCAUCCUCUCCCACUACCCCACCUGGAAACAGCGCCCCCCAGAGGCCCCCCUUCGGAACCCUCGCCCUCACCACCCCCACCACCGGCUCCCCCAACAGGCCCCAACUGGUACUGCACACCAACCCCAUCGCCCCCACCACAUCAAGCUCCCCCUCCUGGUCCAAACAGCUACUACACCCUCCAACCAUAGACUCUCCUUGCAAACAAUUGCAAACAAUUCAAACAAUUACAACUACUGGGCCCUCCUGCUCAAAUCCCAUGCAUCUAAAAAGAAGGACAAGAAAUCUAACAAAUCUCUGCUGCCUUCCCCCUGCCUCACUGCCCACCCCACAGCCCCCUCCCCUGAAGAUGGCCCUUCAAAACACCCACUCCCUCUAUAACAAAGGACUCAUCCUAGCUGACUUCAUAACAGACAAUAACCUGGACUUCCUCUAUCUAACUGAAACCUGGCACAACCAUCUCGACCUCUUUCCACUCAACCAAGCCACCCGCCCCGGUUACUCCUACUUGCACCAACCCCGCCUCACUGGACGAGGCGGAGGCGUCGCAGUCAUUCACAAACAAACCCUCAAGACCACCCCCGUCCCCACCCUGUCCGUCCACUCAUUUGAAAAUAUCUCUGUCAAACUCCCCGGCCCCACCCCUCUGGUCACUAUCUACCGCCCCCCAAAGCCCGACCCAUCAUUCCUCUCUGAUUUCUCUGAACUUGUCACCCACCGAAACACCAUCUCAUCCUCUGUCCUGCUGCUUGGAGACUUCAACUUUCACUUUGACAACCCCACCUGCAAACAAGCAUCUGAUUUCCUGGAUCUGCUCGACACCCUCAAUCUCACCCAGCAUGUGCACUCCCCCACCCACUCCCAUGGCCACACCCUCGACCUCGUCUGCUCCACCGGCAUCUCCAUCCACCAUCUCUCCACCACCAACCUCUAUAUAUCUGAUCACCUGGCUGUCACUUUCAACGUCGACCCCCCCCCCCCCGCCUCACAGUGAAAAACGACAAAUUACCUUCAGAAACCUCAAAUCCAUCUCACCACAGGACCUCUCCGCUUCCCUAUCUGCCACCCUCACUGCAUCCCCUCCCUCACCAUCUGCUAAACUUCCUGACCUACUCAACUACUACAAUAACACUCUAUCCUCCUGCCUGGACCAGCUCGCACCUCUCAAAACAAAAACAGUUUCAUUCAGACACUCUGCCCCCUGGUAUACUUCAGAACUACACAAAAUGAAAUCCCAUAAACGCCAACUGGAACGUCUAUACCGCAAAACCGUUCUCACUGUCCAUCUCCAAGCCUACACCGACCACCUCCACCUAUACAGAACAGCCCUCAAAUCCGCCCGCUCAUCCUAUUACUCCAACCUCAUCAACUCCGGCUCCAGUAACCAAAAGGCUCUUUUCUCCACCGUCAAAAAACUGCUCCACCCCAUAGACAGUUCCUCCAUCACCUUCACCCCGGAAAAAUGCAACACAUUCCUCUCCUCUUUUCAAUCCAAAAUCAACGCAAUCUAUAACUCCCUUCCCCCACCCUCCAUUCCCUGCUCCUCCCCUCAUCCCAUCAGCACUCUCCUGCUUCUCACCUGUCUCCUCAACCGACGUGACUAAUAUCAUCUGCUCCAUAUCUUCAUCUACCUGUAUCCUGGAUCCCAUCCCUUCUUCCCUUGUCAAGCACUGCCUCCCCGUCAUCUCCCCAAUCAUUACACAGAUCAUCAACUCCUCCCUCAACUCCGCCACUGUUCCCCCGUCACUCAAACUGGCCGCUGUCACCCCCAUCCUCAAAAAACCUGGACUCAACCCCGACGACAUCAGUAACUUCCGGCCCAUCUCCAACCUCCCUUUCCUGUCAAAAAUCCUCGAACGUGUCAUCGCAUCACAAAUCAAAACCCACCUCAACAAUAACAACCUAUACGAACAGUUUCAGUCAGGAUUCCGCACCCACCACAGCACCGAAACUGCCCUCAUCAAAGUGACAAACGACCUCCUCAUUUCUGCUGACUCUGGCCAACUCUCCAUCCUCAUCCUUCUCGACCUCUACGCUGCUUUCGACACCAUCAACCAUGCCAUCCUUCUGUCCCGCCUACACUCCCUCCUCAAUAUCACAGACACCGCUCUUAACUGGAUCCACUCUUACCUCACAGACCGGAAUCAUUUCAUACAUAUUAACAACUGCUCCUCCACAACCGCCCCCGUGUCCCAAGGUGUCCCCCAGGGCUCGGUGCUUGGUCCCCUCCUCUUCAUCAUCUACCUCCUCCCUCUUGGCCACAUCCUCCGUCAACACAACCUCCACUUCCACUGCUAUGCUGAUGACAUUCAAUUAUAUAUCUCUUCCAACUCCAUCACCCCCCAGACCCAACGCUCCCUCUCAAACUGCCUUUCUGACAUCAAACACUGGAUGGACAACAAUCUCCUCAAGCUCAAUUAUGACAAAACAGAUCUCAUCAUCAUCGGCCCAAACUCCCUCACCUCCACAGUCACAAACUUUCAUCUCUCCAUCGACAACUCCACCCUCUCCCCCUCCUCCCACUGUCGCAACCUUGGCAUUCUCUUCGACAGCAACCUCUCCUUCACCCACCACAUAAAGCAAAUCACUAAAACAGCCUACUUCCACCUCAAAAACAUCGCCCGCCUCCGCCCCUCCCUCUCCUACCCUGCAGCUGAAACCCUUAUACAUGCAUUCAUUUCAUCUCGUCUAGAUUACUGUAACAGUCUCCUCUAUGGCACCACCUCCACUCUCCUCAAUAAACUUCAGCUUAUCCAGAACUCUGCCGCCCGCCUCCUCACCCACACACGCUCCCAUCAACACAUCACCCCCCGUCCUCCAAAACCUUCACUGGCUCCCCAUCCCCCAUCGCGUUCAAUACAAAAUCCUCCUCCUCACCCACAAAGCACUCAACAACCUCGCCCCCCCCUACCUACAGGAUCUUCUCCACCCCUACAUCCCCUCCCGCAACCUCCGCUCCGCCAAUGCCAACCUCCUCACAGUUCCCCUGACCAAGCACCGAACCUGGGGGGACAGAGCCUUCUCAGUCGCCGCCCCCACCCUCUCGAACUCACUCCCACUCGAACUCAGAAACUGCACUGACCUCACCAGAUUCAAGACCCUUCUCAAAACCCACCUCUUCCGCACUGCCUUUCAUCCUUCCUAGCCCCCCCCCAUUGGAUUUUACCUGACUCUACAUGUUUUUAUUGAUAUUGUCGUAAAUUUUCUUACUUAUUGAUGUGUGUUUUAUUGUAAUUUGGAUUUUACCUUAUUCUACAUGUUUUUAUUAUAUUGCUGCAAAUUUUAUUGCUUAUUGAUGUGUGUUUAUUGCUUAACUCUGUACAGCGUCUUUGUGUUUUUUAAAAGCGCUUUACAAAUAAAAUGUAUUAUUAUUAUAAUUUGUUUUUUUGCCUAGCUAAAGACCACACAGAGAACACCAAUUCCCAUAAUUCUUUCACUGUUCCAUUACUUCCCGCAAUUUGGACAAGCAUAUUUUGAGACGAGACUGGAGAAAAGGCCAUAUGAAAAAAUAACAAAGGGGAUUAUUUAUUUCUUAACACAGCCGAUGAAUGCGCAACGUGACUGCAGCUGUCAUCGUUAUCCACAGUUAGCUUGCUGUUGCUAUGCUAGCUAGUGAUGUUGUCAGCACCCGACAACAGUUUAUCACUGAGUGAUAGAUAAGUUAUGCUGCUAACUUAACAUUAGUGAAGGAGAUAGGUCUCAAUGAACCAUAUGUGUUAGGUGCAGGUUAGUGGAUAAAUCAUGAGGAUUUAUGAACUGACCAAGACACCAAGUCUCUGUUUCUGGGAGAGCCUGAAAUCCUACAAGACACUGGAUGCCUACAGCUAUGUUACAGACAGUCAUGAUCGGGACAUACUGUUACACAAUAUAACAAAUGUUUUGAGUGUUAUGAACUAUCAUGCUGGUUUAGUUGGUUUAUUUGAAUUAAUAGCAGCAGAUGAGGUGAGAAGAGUUUUUAAGUUUAGUUUCAAAUGGGUUGCAAAUCAGUUGGAUUCUCUCUGACAAACACAUUUAUCUUUUUCUGUUAGUAAAUGAAAAUUUUAUAUUUUACAUUGGCAUUAUACAUAUGUUGUUUCCAAAGGCCAAUUAAACAAAAUGUUUCUUAAAACACGUUUGGAUUUUAUUUACUUUGCAAUAUGUACAGUGUGUCCUUUGCCAGUCACACAACCUGUCUCUUUAAAUAGACAUGUUUUAUAUUGUGCCACAAGUUUUUGUCUCACUCAACAAGAUCGUCAACCUCUGUAGCACCAGUGCCAUGGAAAAAAAAAGUCAACGUACAGCCCUGUUUGGUGCUAUUUUAUGAAAUCACUAUCAAAAAUUGUUAGAGAGAUCUUGCUGAACAUUCUCCCCAUGAAAUAAUGCUUCCAAUAAAAUGUAAAAAAAAACCAACAUAAAAUUAAUAAUACAUAAUAAAUUAAUUAAUAUAAAAAUAAAAACUUACAAUACAGCACUGAGUCCUGCCACAUCCAGAAAUACUCAGAUGACACUGCUAUCGUGGCAUGAAUCAGAAAUGGACAAGAAGCUGAAUACAGAGAUCUGAUAAGAGCCUUCAGUGACUGGAGUCACAAAAACUGCCUCCUCCUCAACGCCUCAAACACAAAGGAGAGGUGGUGACAUCAUAUAAAUACCUUGUUGUAUAUCUGGAUAAUAAGUUGGACUGGUAUAAGGAUAUAGACUUCAUCUACAGAAAGGGGCAGAGCCACCUCUUUUGCCUGAGAAGACUCAGAUCAACAGACAUCUGCAGUAAGAUGCUGCAGAUGUUUUAUCAGUCUGUGGUGGAGAGUGUUCUGUUCUACGCUGCAGUCUGCCAGGGAGGAAGCAUCAAACACAAAGAUGCAAAACAUCCGAACAAACUGAUUAAAAAAAGGCUGGCUCUGUGGUUGGAUUCAAGCUGGACUCAGUGGAGGAUGUGGUGGAGAGAUCUACACUGAGGAAGGUGGAGGCUAUUCUAAAGAACAUGGAUCACCCACUUUAUAACACCUUGAUGGACCAAAGGGCCAAUAGUGGUGGACAGCUCCUCUCUCUUUGCUGCAAGACAGAAAGAUUCAGGAGAUCUUUUGUGCCCACAGCCAUCAGACUUUACAACUCUUCUGUAAACAGUAGAUGAUUGUAGAUGACCUGAGACAUGACACACAAGACUACAGAGAAUUGAAUUUCCCUUCGGGGAUCAAUAAAGUACUUCUCCUUCUCCUUCUUCUUCAUCAAUACAGAAUCAUAACGACACUACUACUCUCUACAUUUGCACUGUCUAUGUGUAGGAAACAUGUAUCGAUACUCUUUUCUUUUUCACUCAUUUGUUAAUCAUGUGAAUACGUUCAGUUACUCUUUGCAAAGCGAAAAUCCUUCUCUAAGAGGUUACAGAGGAUUAAAACUUUACAGUCGAGAAGUUGCUGAGUACAAACUGAAAGCCAGAACCACAACAGCAGCCCUGUGCUUUGCUGUUGAGUGAUUUCUUUAAUUCUUGAUGUUUUAUUUUGUUGGUUUAUCAGUAAGCUCAAUUCACCUUUUAUAUAUUAAAAAAAACUCUCCACAGAGGGCCUUAUGGAAGUGAACAUGACAGAGAUCCCUUUGGAGGAGAAAGAACUGAAGUUCUCCACGUUUUACGACAUUGAGUUUGGAGGCCAUUGGAAACCAAAGGACUGCAAACCUCGCUGGAGGGUCUGUUUGUGCAUUUUUAUGUAUUAUAAGUCCUAUAAAAAAUAAGCCUGAUAAAAAUAAACAAAUGUCAGUUACUCCUCUGAGGAAAAAAAAGACAAUCAUAGCAGCCAGAAAAAUUUAGAAGGUUUCUGGAUUCUUAACCUUUUGUUGUUCUUUAGGUGGCCAUCUUGAUUCCAUUUAGAAACCGCCAUGAACAUCUCCCCAUCCUCUUCCAACACCUCACCCCCAUGCUGCAGAGACAACGGCUGCAGUUUGCCUUCUACGUCAUAGAACAGGUACAGUAUUUAGUGCAUGUGCUGAAGUUUGGUCUCUAUUUAAGUCCAGCAUUCAGAUGAAGGAAACUGUCCUGCUAAACUGAACACAUGCUGUGUGGGAGUUUUAGGAAAGUUGAUAAAUCAUGAAGUAUUUGGAGCCAGACCCAGAUUUUUAACCCCGCAGUAUUCUUUAUAUUACAGCAUCCAUAUUUCCAGCACAAAGCAGUUGACCUUGUGAAUUUUUUUGAUUGUGUGCUUCCAUGUUUAGAGUGGGAGCCAGCCCUUCAACAGAGCCAUGCUGUUUAAUGUGGGGUUCAUGGAGGCUAUGAAAGAUAUAGACUGGGACUGCUUGAUCUUCCAUGAUGUCGACCACAUCCCUGAAAAUGAUCGUAACUACUACGGCUGUGGUCAGAUGCCACGCCAUUUCGCUGCCAAGUUGGAUAAAUACAUGUACAUGUAAGUGUGGUUGCAAAAUAAGGGUAGUUUUAUGUUUAUUUAGAAUGAACAAAAAUAAACAUGAUGAUGUAGAUUUGAUAUUGAAAUAUUUAUGGAUUGUUAUUUGUCAUAACUUCUUCAGCAAUAACAGGUCGGCCGAACUAGUGUUUCUCUAACUUUUUUCAAUCAAGGCACCUUUCAAAGUGCAGAAAAUCUCACGGCACCCUGGUGUAAAAUAUAAUAACAAAUGACACUGCAGCUUAAAUGUAAAUGCAAUUCUCCUGUUUAUUUAGACAGGACAGUAUUGAUGGACAGGGCAUAACACUGAAAAUGCACCAGAGAUAAGCAGGAAUGUUUCUUUCUAUCCAUAGUGCUGGUUUCCUUUCAUGCCUCUGUAGCCUGUCCUACACUUAUGCACACACAAAUGCACACACAGAAAAAUCUGCAAAGAGAAAGGAAGAGAGUUGGGCCUAUAUGUGCACAGUGCGCAGGCAAGUGCUCAAACUCAGUAACAUCUACUUUUACAACCUUUGGUGCAGACCCAGAACUGGUGGACGAAGGCUGACAUAAAGUAGUAGGCUGAGGCUUCAUUUCUCAGUCAGUGGUAUUUGGUUCUUGUAAGUCUUUAAUUUUUAGAAAAUGAUCCAUGAUGCUUUUGCUUGUUCCUUGCUCUUUGUGAAAUCAAGUGUAUUUUUGGAGUUAGAUGAUAAAACGAUGUGCUGCAUACAGGCCUUGCGCUGGGCCUGUGGGCUGGACUUUCGACGCUGUGACACAUUAUUGACAAUGGGCAUGUUUUGAUGAUAAAUUUUGUGUAUCUGUCCAUCACAAAUGAAUUUACCUAUUUAUUCAUGUGUAAAAGGAAUGUAUUUAUGCAUUUAUUCAUAUAUUUCUAUAUGAAAUGUCAGAAUAGAUCAUUUUUUUACAGCACCCCUGAUACAUUCAAAUGGCACCCCAGGGUGCCGCGGCACCCACUUUAAGAAAGGCUGGACUACACGGUCAAAAUGAACAUAGUACAUUUUCAGGCACACAAUGGAUGACCCAGAUCACACGUUCAUGUCUGACGUAUGUUUGUUGUUGGUUGCAGACUUCCAUACAGUGAGUUCUUUGGUGGUGUUAGUGGACUCACUGUGGAGCAGUUUCGCAAAAUUAAUGGCUUUCCCAAUGCAUUCUGGGGCUGGGGAGGGGAAGAUGAUGACUUGUGGAACAGGUUUGUCAAAAACAUCAAUUUUACAUAAAUUCAGAAACUGUUCAAAAUAUAAAUUAUAUUCACUUUGUCCCUAACUUCACUGAAAUGAUUUUUUUUUCUCGUCAGAAUAAAUCAUUCAAUUCAUUCUUAUGUCGUAAUUUAUGGUGAAAGUAUCUUCAGAAAUAUAUGGCAAAACCACAAUGUAUCAAAAUGAUCGAUUGAAUUGAAUAAUUGAAUUUUCUGCGCUUAAAUUUUGGCUACAGAUAUUUCACCAAAUCCUUCAUUUUUUAUGUAACUUAACUUAUUUAUAGGGGACCUGCCAUCAAAAUGUAAUUUUGUGUGUUUUUUGUGUCAGAUAAGGUCCAUAUUAUGUUCGUCUUAUGUUGUAAAUGUGAAAACAAACCGUUACAUCGUUUGCAUCCUAUAAAGGUUUAAAAUAAAGGAACAGGUAAACCAGGCCAAUUGAAAAAGCAGGUCCCUCUGACGUCAAGCUGACCUUGCUCAUUAUUAUUCACAAGUGCGUCCUCUGUGAGCCGCGCCCACUCUCUCGUUCUCGUACUCAUUCACAGUCAACAUCACUCUCCAGCCAGAGUGAGACCCAGCUACCACUGUAUCUGCUAUGGGUCUCUUCCAAAUGACCGGUGUUUCCUUGGGUUCACUGCCGGGAAAAUGAACUUAAAGCUGGGCAGAAUGAAUGAGAAAACACCGCUGGAGAUCUCUGGCUUCUUCUUCAACUUCCACCUCCUCUUCGGACUCGGGGUCUAAAAUAUAUGGUUUAAUACCUGCCAUUUUUAGCCUUUAGCAUAAGGUGACCAGACGUCCCCGAUUUCCGGGGACAGUCCCCGAAUUAGAUGACCUGUCCCCGGCAAAAGCUGUCCCAGAAAAUGUCCCUGAUUUAAGCGUUUCAUGAAUGAGAGCAAAAAUGUUGCGUGUGGGCUCGAACAACGGUAAUUACAGUAGCCGAAUGGGUAGGAAGCACAAGUAAGCAGUCCUGAACAACAGUUUUUACGGGGGUUAUUACAAGGGGCAUGCACUGCUACUAAAUAGUACCAAGAUUUUGUCUGUGAUCACACAGCCCCUGCACCCGCCGUCGCUGCCGCACCAAAUAUCCCCGGAUAGCAUUACAGACAUCUGGGCACCCUACUUUAGCACACAUAAGCAAAAUGGAUAAACCGGAAUCCGAACCUCCACUGAUGAGCCAAUCAGAGGACAGCAGGCUUCACAGCAGCGAUCCAAUCAGAGCAAAGCAAAUUACCAUAAAUGUUAAUGAGCCAAAAUCAGUUGGUUUUCCUGUAAGGUUUUUUAGGCAUACUAAAACAAACCAUCAAAUAACUUUUCAGCCAAAAUUAUGUUGCAAACAUGAUCAGAGGACAUCAAGGAUUAUGAAAAAAUGAUGAAAAUGGGUAUGAAAUUUUGAUGGCAGGUCCCCUUUAAUCAAAUGAGAGAAAAAGAAGUUUACUCUCUUCAGCCACAUUUGACUCUUGAAGGGAGUAGGAGUAAGCAAAGAAUGACUUCAGUAGGUGACUUAAGUAGUGUCCCAAAGUAAUUGUAAAUUUGAGCAUGAUACCAAAUAACUGGACAACUUACUGGGUCAGAAGUCUUCAUUCAUCUUUCAGUGGCUCAGUGUCCUUCAUAUGGCUUUUUAUAGGCACCUUAUAUCUUGAAUAGGUUAGUAAUCUGCUACUUACUACUGCCACCACUCAAUAAGUCAGUGUACCUGUCCUAACCAGAGGUGCUCCUCAUAAUGCGCUGAUCAUUGAGCAGAAAGGCCAUGAUUGGAUUUAAGUCUGUUUAGUCUGUCGCUCAGGACCCUUACUUAUGAACAUUGUCUGUGCGCAGUGAAUAAAUACAGAGAAAUGUGACUCAUUUCAUGACCUGAGACAUAUUUUCUUGCAUAUGUUUCAUAGAUUUAGUGUUCUCAGUACCAAAUCUGCUGCCAUUGUGGCAGCAGAAUUAUUGUGAUGUGUGAUAUGAUGAAGUUCUGUCUCAUUAAAAAAAAUCUUAUGAUAAUGCAUGUUGGGAAAUAACAGCUUAAUCAGCAUUAUUGUCUGAAAAAAGUUUCAAAACUCACUUUUGUACAUUCAGUUGUAAACAAAUAUGUAACUAACAUACCUCAACAAAGAAUUCUUCAUUAUUUUGUGAUCAGGAUGCUUGAAACUGUUCACACUUGUCAGAGUUUCAGUUCAUUUGAAUCACAUGAAAAAUGCUCCUGAUGGUUUCAUGCACUAAAUAAAAAUUCUAAAUGGUUAUUCCUCAGGGUUCACUACGCUGGUCUGAAUGUUACACGACCAGAGGGAGAGAUCGGCAAGUACAAGUCUAUUCCUCACCACCACAGAGGAGAGGUGCAGUUCCUCGGGAGGUAAGACCCAGGACUAGCAAACAAAAUCUUUAUUCUAAAAAUGCAAAGAACUAAGAAAUUGCUUGACUUGGUUAUUACAUUCACUUCACCUUUGUCACCUACACACUACUAGAUUACUAUUUAUAACAGUCCAGAGGACUGUAAUUCAGUAUUCCCACAACAAUAAAUACUGCACAGUGUUUCCCCUUGCUUUUUGAUGAAGACAUACAUCACCCCUUAUGAUGUAUAUCUACGUCAGCCAUAGAUGAGCCAGCGCUGUUUUCAGAGCUGGGAGAGAUGCUUACCUAGCAUCCACAAGAGAAUGUGCGGCGUCCGCAUCACUACGUACCGUCUUUUUUUUUAAGAAUGCAGAUAUUUUAUAUUUGGGUGCUGAACGUUCGGGGACAGUUUGUGCUCCAUGACCAGCUUUUGUAAUUGUUUUGGCGGCGGCAAACGUGAUGGAAAGGAGCCAGAGGCCCCGGGUUGUCAAAACCAUGUCAAAACUUGCAGGGUAUGAGCGGCAAGCACUCGCAACGAGAAUACCAGAAUCAGUGGGCAUAGCCUCUGAACUGCGCGGCGCAGCGUGUCAGCACAUGUGUAUAUUGUGAGAUAGGCAGAUGAGAGGAGAGAUACAUUUUUCUUGAAAGUCAUGAAGCGAUUGCAAGCUUUAGAGUCUGAAAUUGCUAAUUUAUAUUUUAUAGGCUGUUUUGAUAAAAAUUAAAUGUAUAUAUUAAUCUAUCACUUCAAUUUCUGGCUUGGGGUCUUGUUGGCAGGGCGGGGCACCCUGCCAAAUGACACUAUAGGGAAACACUGCUGUAAACAAAUGUAUCAUACUCAUAGAAAAUUUCUUAAGAUGAUGCCCCUUUAAUUUUGAGCAUUAGAUCUGUAUUUUAAGUAGUCAUUGUAAAAGUUACUCAUAGAUGAUCUUUCUGGGGGAACUGGUACUGCAGAUACCAGAGUUUAUCAGGGUACUCAGAGUUGUGUGACUGUGUGUUUUGUAGGUACAAACUGCUGAGGUACUCAAAGGAGCGACAACACUUAGAUGGCCUCAACAACCUCCAUUACACGCCCAAGAUUUCCCUCAGUAACCUCUACAAGAACAUCACAGUGGACCUGUAUCCUGAGCUCGCCCCUAUCACAGACUACUGAACUGCCCCCACCAACCCCAACCCAAUCCCUGGUCCACACCCCUAGCUCCCCUCCGGCCUUGCUUUCUUGGGCCUGUUCAGCCACUAAGGCAGUGCAGCAGUGUAGUGGAGGAGAGGAGGGGAGCACCAGGCUGGGAGAGCUGAAGAAGUGCACCAUGUAACGCGGCCAAGAAAUCUUUGUGAGGAAAAAAAAAAAAGAAAAACAAAGCAAAAAAAAAAAAAAAAAGGAAAAAAUGAAGAGGCAGCGAAAAGUCUCUCAAAGUAAACUGUUGAUUGUGUGUUUGUGUGUGCGUGCGUGUGUGUUUGCGUUUGUGUGUGGUUGUGUGUAUAUGCGUGUAUGUAUGCUGGAUGGGUGAGUUGCUGCAUGUCUUUUUCUCUGUGCCGGCUUAAUUACUACAAGUUGACAUGAGUCUUGGUUUAGGCUGGGGGGAGCAGCAGCAUCUCAGCGCUGAUGUUUACUGCAAAGCCUUAAUGUGGCAGAACCACAGCUCCCUCUGCUCGGCUCCGCACUGCUUCACUUCUGAUGUAUCACCGUCACCUUACAAGCCAACAGACAAGAUCUUGUCUCACUUUUUACUACCAUUUGUUUUCUACAUAUCAUUUUGUUGGGCCACAGUAUUCCUUUAAAAGGAGGGAUCUGGGUGAGGUUGUCACUGAUGUUUGUAAUAUUUUUUUAUUUAGAUACGUGGUAUUUAUUUUCUCUGAGUCAGGGUGUUUGAAAAAGCACUCCUGUCUGCGUCACUCAAGUGUUUGCUGUUUGUUUUGCUGCACUGCUGCUGAAUACGCAUGAACAUGUAUGUAAAUAUUGGCCUCUUAAAGCUCAAACACAGAACACAAAUAUGUAAAUAUGGGCCUUUAGAGCUCGGGCAUAUUACAGUGAUAUUCCAGUGGGUUUGAAUUUUAUUUUGGCAGCUACCUUUGUUCUGAGGAUUUAAUAAGAGUGAGUGUAUUCUUUCUAACAGGAAGAUCUUCUAACAUAUAGGAUGUUUGGCUUUAAAAAAAAAAAAGUAUCCAAAUCUCAAGAUUUGACAUUGUCCUUUUGCAUGCCUUAAUUUAUUUUGCUUACCAGGUUUUGUUAUUUUCAAAACAUAAAUUAUUUCAUCAUUUGGAGACAUGUAUGUUUUUAAUUUUGCCUUUUUUUUUUUUUUUUUGAGGUGCACUGGGUGAAUAUAGAGCUGCUCUUCAGAAGGAGGGGUCGAGAUGUGAGUCUCUCCUCUGUGACUUUGUACAGGGAGCAGGGUUGGCCAUUAUAGCAAAAAUAUGUCCAUGUAACAUGCUUUGGUGCAGGUUUUUGGUCAUACCUAAGUGUAUAUUUUCUGUCCAAGAUGUAAUUUUAUUUUCUAUAAUUUUAUUCAAAGAAUUUAGUGCUGGACCAUAUGAAAAAGCUCUUCAUUGUACUGUACUGUACUGUGCUCUGUAGCACAAGGGUUUGGGCUGGAUGCUGUGUGUGUGUGUGUGUGUGUGUGUGUGUGUGUGUGUGUGUGUGUGUGUGUGUGUGUGUGUGUGUGUGUGUGUGUGUGUGUGUGUGUGUGUGUGUGUGUGUGUGUGUGUGUGUGUGUGUGUGUGUGUGUGUGUGCGUGCGUCUUGAUUGUGGUGUCAUUUUCUAAGCUAUUGAGGCAGUCAGAAGGGCCAUAAUGAGAGAAAUACAGUAUCAGCUUGUCUGGGCUGAAGUUUCUGUUCUUGAAUGGCACCGCUGAGAAACGUUUAAUUUCUUACAGCUUUGCGUACUAAAAGGAAGGAGAGAACCAUAAAGGCAGAUUAUUUUUUAGUAGAUUUUCACAGUCAAGAUUCUCCUUUAUAAAUCUAGUUUGAAUUUGACUUUGAAUUGUAUGUUUUGAAGAUUUCUUUUCCGUUUAUUAUUAAUUUGACAUACAGUAUGUACAUUGAACCAGAACUCGGGCCAUUUUUGACCUAGGUCUCAUUUCCUAUCUUAUUAGUCUUUUGAAUUAUGUUAAAUGCUCUCUGAUGAGGCUCUAACUCUCAUAUGUCCUGUGAUUUUGGUCUUUGGUUGUCUGUACAGACUUUUGAGUAACAUCCCUCAUUGUUAAUGCAUCAACUCAGGAUGAUUCAGAUCAUCUGGUAAUCAAAAACACAAAACCAUCGUCAAUAAAGCAGUAAAUCAAAAUAAGACAAAAAUUGAGACAUAGUCCAGUUGUACUGACACCAUAUAAGCAGUCUAUGACUCCAUGCUGUCAGAGCUAUUCUUUUUUAAAUUUUUUUAUUUUUUUAGCCUGUGAACAUAUGAAACACGACUCAGUAUAUGGUCCAUCUAAUAUGUGUUGCCCAAUUUUUGUCAUCAUAUCAAAUGAUCUUCAUAAGCAAACAUUAUGGGUUUUUGUGAAAAUGGGGAAGAAUACUUGAGAUAACACAGAUCUUUUGAUGAAGAUCAUGGAAAAUGAUGGAAAGCUUUGAAGAAAGAAUGGAGUGCAUUAGACUGCUCACAUAAAAAAUAAAAAUCAAAACCUAGAAAUUAAAAUAAAUCUACAUUUAUAAAAAGUGACAGCAGAAAGAUAAUGCUGAGGGUGAUUUAUUUUUUAGCAGAACAUAACUUAUUUCAGAUAUAUACUUGAUUAAGAAAUGACCUGAACUCUUACAGAUUGUAAAAAAAAUCUGUCAAGUAUUGGUGAAAAACAAAACCAUUUUGUCUUUUUUGAACUCUGUGAAAUUGCCCCUUUAAUGGCCAAUAAGUUUAUAGAAAAAGGUGGGGCUAUAUUUCAAUGUAAAAAUACCUGUAAUUGUAGCCUCUGAUACAUGAUUAAUCAGUACUGAUUAAGACACUAAUGUUGACCCAGACAGUAUACCAGACCUGUCAUAUGUAUCAAAUGCUACAUGGCUGCUAUCAAACAGUUUGCAGCCAUAUUUUUCUCCAUGUGUCUCUACAAAGAGCAUGUUUUAUUUCAAGUGGUCAAAUCACUGUGCAAUAAGAUGUGUUUACCAGUAGCCUCAAAAUAUCAGUGUUAACUUCUAAUCAGUUUUCACAAGGAGGCCUCAAUGGCACUAAAACAACUUUUCUGCAUGCUGUUUAUAUUUGGAGUAGCACCUGGAAAAUCCUGACACCAAAGCAGUCUGUAAGACUGUUUUGAAUAACAAAAGAUAAGAGACUCAGCAAAAUAAGUUUUACGUUUGAAAUGGCCAGAGUGAUAUUUCUUAUUUAAUAUCAACAGUUUCUUAGCUUUCUAUUUCAGUCUGUACACCAAGAGGUCUCAACAUAAACACAACAAGGACUAUUCUUAAGCCCCACCCAGCCUCCUUCCUCCAAAAAACAUCAGUGAUGCCCUUUGUCUGUUUACAGAGUUAUUUUCUUAUUUAUUUAUUUUUUAUUUUUUUCUAAAGAAAAAAAAAAAAAAUCAGAAAUGACAUGACCGUAGGCUACAAUCCAGUCUGGCUUGUGUUCAGGCACAAAGCUUUAAUACUCAAUAGCAUGUUUCUCAGAUUACAGAGGAGCACAAUUCUCCAUCACUCUGAUGUGCUAAGUCUCUUUUUUUCUGGUGAAUAGGGGACUUGAAAAGUAUGGGUUUAGAGGGCGAUCCUUGUGUCCUUUGCCUUUCUUAGCUUAGUGGGACUUUUUUUUUCUGCAUAAGAGAAGAAGUCAUCCCUGUUUAUAGAUCACUGGCUGUGUAGCAGAAAGUGUUGUUGAGAGGAGGUUCUUGUAGCCUGGCUACUUACUUCAUACUCUUCUCUCAAUCAUACUCUUCUCUUUAUGACUCUUCAGCUUGAUAGAGUGUGACACAGUGCAAUAUAGUCACUUUCACUCUGCCAUACUGGUCUGUUGCAUCCAAUUCAGCAGUAAUGCCUUAAUUAUUAAUUACUGCUUGUCAUGAAGUAUCAACUAUCCAAUUAAAAGCUUAUAUUGCCAUGAGGGACUAGAGCAGGCUGUCCUGUAAAGUGGUUUUAAACUUUUUUUUUGUCAUUCAGCCACCACCAGACCCAUGUCUCUUAACACUCUGAAGAGCAUGAACCGCAUGUUACCUCCCACCUUAACAGAUGUUACUGCUGUGCCAAUGAUAUUCAACCAGAACAGAAGUUUUAUCUGCUUCUGUUCUGGUUGACCUUAAUGCCCACGAAAAAAAAAGAACUGAAAUUACACACUUUAGGCUGUAUUAUCCAAUCCAAACUUUAAGAGGUGUGACUUUUGCCCCUGUUUCAUAAUCCAAAAAUAAUUUCAAUAGUUUUCAAGUCAGAAUUUCUCAACUUGACCUUGGGGACAGAAAGAGCAAUAGAAUAAAGGCACAGAGUUGAAAAAUACAGAACCAACAUCUGCCAAAAUGCAGAUACAGUGUCUUAAGUAUCCUCUGUGCCUGGCAGAUGGAGAUUCCCAGCGUACAAUAGAAACUGUUAUUUAGAUGUUCUCUUCAAGCCCAAGACAAAGUUAAUAUAAUGCCAACAGCUACCACAAGAAAUGGACUAAUGUGAAUAACAGUAAUCUGUGAAUAUAUUUUUUCCUUGAAAACUGCAGCAGUCCUACAUGAAGCAGGUCAGUCAAGAGUCAGUUGUGAUUAAAAGCAGGUUUCUUUUAUACCUCUCUAAAUACUUAGCAUCGAAAGCUAACAUGCAUACAAGUAAGAAAAGUGUCUUUUUCAGCAGGUUUAGGUAGAAAGGAGAUGAUGUUUUUGGGCCAUCAGCAUGUAGCGCUUUAGACCUUCUUUUCUCAUGGAUCUGCUUAGUAUCUACUGUAGUUUGUAUGGCCAAAGCCAAAACUCUGGUCCAACUGCCAAAUACUAUGAGCUGAAAAGUAACCUGUCUUGGAUAUUUUGUAUUUGUAUCUGUACUUGCCUCUGACAGAUGUUGUCUAUCUGGCUAAUGGAUACCAGUAUUAGCUGAGGUUUUCACCAAUCCCUCUCCCCUGAAAUCUACAAGUAUCUGAUUGGUCAUAUGAAGUGUUUAUCAAUAGACAUCUGUGUUCCAUUUUGCAGUAUUUUUGUUUGUGCCUUGAGUUUUUUUUAUCUCUUACAUUCAUACUAAAGAGAUUAAAAAUGUUCCUGUUUUCAUGACUUGUCAGUGUUUUUACCUCCAUGUUAUUCACAUCAGGCUAAGUGUAAAAUGUGUUCAUAAACCAGAAAAAUCUGAUGAAACAUUUACCGUAGUACGUUCAUUCCAGUGUUAGCGCUGCCUUGAUAUCCUGUGUAAUAACCACUGUGACUACCUGUGGGUCAUGUUCAACAAAAGGUGUGCGCUCAUGCUUGUGAGUCUUCAUUAUUAUAUGUAUGUCACUUUACAUUUCAAAUUUGACCUAAUUUGCUUAGCAGUUUAUACAAACAAAACUUCACCUUUCUUUAACAGAAGCAUAUACAGUAUCCUUUUACCACCUUUGAAUCUGUUAUAACCAAUCCACCCUUAAUCUGCUUAAGAGCCUUGAAUCUGCAUGGUCCAGCCUUCAAUUUCUCAAGGGUAUAAUAAUGUGAUUUAAAUCCAAUCUCCAAAUUCAUGAUGACCACUGCAGGUACACAGAGGCUUUUACUUUUGUGAACAGUUUUGCAGACAGCUUUUCACUGGUCAGUAGUUCUAGAGCAGCAUUAUGUACUGAUAUGUAACUGUUUUAAGACAUUUUAUCACAGCUCUGAUGUGUUUCAUUGUUCAGCAUUACUCUGGUGAUAUCUUAAUUAUCCCAUGUAACACAGAUACUGUGGACUUAUAGGACAAUGCUUUCUCACCAGUAUUGCUGUGUACUGCAGCCAACAAGGAUGUUCUUUACAGAGAGGGUAUUAAACAUUUUUUUUUUUUCAGACUAUCUAGCUGAAACAGUGUUAAAAAGUUAAAAUGUUGACUCUAAAAUAUUUCACUCAUUAACCAAGAUUUAUGAUGGAUGAUUGCUCAGAUGUGGUUUUGAUAUUUUUGUCACAGCCGAGUAUUGAUGUUGGUGUCUCCUGUUCCGAGUAAGACCGAAAUCGCCCAAAGAAAGGAGCUGAUGACAAUCAAGAGAUGUGACAGAGCCACUGAAAGUGGCCAAUAAUCUAACCUUUGGCCAAGCAUUUGUUUUUGUCGAAUUGCUAUUUUCAAGACCAGUAUUGAAGUCCCAGUUCAUGUUUAGGAAAGAUCUGUAUUAUAAGAUUAUUUAGGGAUGUUGGCAGCUGCCAAGUUCAACUCUUACAAAAGACAAAGCCUCCUGGUUGUCAUAAACAGCGCUAGUGAUCGUACUGGUUGGUUUGGGCUUGUUGGGUGUAGGAAAACAGAAACAUUUAAAAGUCAUGAUGAUAAUCCGUGAAGCAAGAUCGAAACCCCUCCUUGUAGCUGUCUGCUGACUCAAUCUGUGCAUUUAGUCACCAAGUCUUUCAUCUCUGUAUCAGUUCAGGUUGAAGAACAGAGUUUCACACUGAGCCAACCCUGUGAACAUGUUAAUGUAGCACCAUCUAUAUACAUGCUUGCUUCCUUCACUUCAGUCCUGUCCUUCCUCUUGCUGGCUCAGAAGCAUGUGCUGGAGGCCUUCCCCUUUCAGAAAUCACCACAGUUUUGACAUGAUGAAGUAAGCUCCAUUGUAACAAAGUCUGAGAAGAGACAAAAAGAAAAAAACAAACAAACAAACAAACAAACAAAAAAAAACGACUGAGUCUGGUGUUGAAUUGUUGAUUUGUAAAGUUCAUUUCAUUUACUUACUUUGUCAACAGAAGACAAAUAAACACUUCAUUGCCAUAUUCUGGAAAACAGACACCAUGUUUCUCUCUUUUAUUCUGAGCACUCACAAAUAUGGAUGUGUAGUCAAUACAGCUUAUACAUAAGAUAAAACUGAUGUGUAUAAUUAAAUGGCCCAGCCUAAUCCCUUCUUUCAAGAUCUUUUGUAUUUGUUGUCAGCAAAGUGGAGAGGCACUUAGAUUAAUUACUGGUUUGCACCACUAUUUUGAAACCUUAACAUGCAUGAAAUAGAGACAUAAUUCAGGAAGCAAAAUGUUACACUUUUGCUAAUAACCAAUUUUGCCAAUAAUGAGUACGCCUAUGUUUUUAAUAGUUAGGAACACUUAGUCUCUUCCCUAGAAACACUUUACCAGCAGCUUUUGUGUGAGAGACUGUUUAGAGACCAACGCAAAACAAAAAACACUACAUUAUGACAACAAUAUAGACACUAUGAAAUAUGGUUGCUUCUAGACACCUCAGCUUCAUUGAAUGACUGUUGUCCAGGCUGCUGACAGUUUUUUGCUAGUACUGACAAUUCUCUCAGUCCUUUCAGAAACACUAAGUGCUUUUCAGGAUGACAGAUCAUGAAAUACAACAUUGAAUUGGUAACACAAAGUCAAGGUAAUGAUUUUCCCCUCCAUCUUUAUGCUUUGCAAGCAUUACACUUAGCUGUUUUGCUCACUGUUUACAAAGCUCCAAAAUGCUACCAUAGAAUUGACAGAUUGAAGCUUGCUGACAUGUGUAAGCUGUCAUUGUUGUCAAUGUAACACCUCAAGAGUGGCUAAAGUUUACAUAUCAGCUGGUUACAAUACAUCUAUUGGUCUAUCUCAAAGCUCCUGUGUCAAAAUUGUGACGGCAAUUAAAUAGGCUGAGACAAUUGGAGCCUUAUUAUGAUUACGUCAUCAAUAUGGCGCCCGGAGUAGGCGCCCUGGUGUUUUGGUGCUCGUUGUUUUGUCUGUUAUCGUGCUCCUUCACCCGCGAGGAGCUUCUAAACAUCAGAUCAACAACACUCACGGACAUUACACCAGUUUUUUUGGCAUCUGCUGCUGAACUGGUCUACUUUUUGGCCAAAAGAGUGAGGCGAAGGGGAAAGCGAGCUGGGGUGCUCGCGCGCCUCAGACAGCGAGGCACGCGUACGCCCUUACCUGGGAUAUUCCUCUCCAAUGUCCACUCACUCAGCAACAAGAUGGAUGAGCUAGCACUGCUGAUGAAGAAGAAUAGAGACUUCUACUCUUCUUGUGUUUUGUGCUUCACCGAGACAUGGCUAAAUGCACAGACAUCGGACUGCGCCAUACAGCUGGAGGGUUUUCAGCUCCUCUGUGCAGACAGAGAUUGUGUACUCUCCGGUGGGAAAACGAAAGGUGGAGGAGUCUGCUUCUACAUCAACAAUGCCUGGUGCGCCGACGUGACAGUGAUCUCCCAACACUGUUCUUCUCUGGAAUAUCUCUUCAUAAACUGCAAACCGUUCUACUCUCCACGUGAGUUUGUCUUAUUCAUACUCUGCUCCGUUUACAUUUUACUGAGUGCGGACGUGCACGAGGCCGAGCGCACGCUUGCAGAGCAGGUUAUGAGCGUAGAGAGGAAUUUUCUGGACUCCUUUGUCAUAAUCCUCGGUAAUUUUAACAAAGGAAAUCUCAGUCAGGAACUACCAAAAUACAAACAGUUUGUAACAUGCCCGACCAGAGAGGGGAACACAUUAGAUCACUGUUACACUACUGUGAGUGGUGCCUAUCGCGCUGUGGCUCGUGCAGCUUUGGGACUCUCAGAUCACGCCAUGGUUCACCUGGUCCCUGCGUACAGACAGAGACUAAAACUCAGUAAACCUGUAGUGAGGACAUCCUAAGUGUGGACCAGUGAAGCUGUGGAGGAGCUACGCAUGUGCUUGGACACCACGGACUGGGAUAUGUUUAAGGCAUCUACAGACAGUUUAGACAGUUUAUUACACAGACACUGUAAAGUCAUAUGUUCAUUUCUGUGAAGACAGCAUCAUCCCACAGCGUGCCAGGGUGAAAUACGACAAUAACAAGCCCUGGUUUACAUCAAAACUCCGGCAGCUCUUUCAGCAGAAAGAGGUGGCUUUCAAGGAAGGUGACAGAGACUGCUACAAAAGUGCCAAGUACAGUUUUAGCAAGGAGGUGGCAAAGGCAAAAACCAGGUACAACGCACGUCUGGAGCAAAGAUUCUCUGCCAACGACCCUGCCGGACUGUGUCUCUCCUGCCACUCUAAGACACUGCGCUGAUGAGCUAGCUCCAGUCUUCAAGGGGAUCUUCAACACCUCCCUGGAGUCAUGCCAUGUUCCAGCCUGUUUCAAGUCCUCCAUCAUUGUUCCCGUCCCCAAGAAACCCAGCAUAACUGGACUCAAUGACUACAGGCCGGUGGCUUAUACGUCUGUAAUCAUGAAGACCUUUGAACGCCUGGUUUUAUCCUACCUGAAGUCCAUCACCGACCCCCUCCUGGACCCUCUGCAGUUUGCCUACAGAGCCAACAGGUCUGGAGACGACGCCAUAAACAUGGCCCUGCAUUUCAUCCUGCAGCCCCUGGACUCCUCAGGAUCCUAUGCUAGGAUCCUGUUUGUGGACUUCAGCUCUGCAUUCAACACCAUCCUUCCGGUUUUGCUCCAGAUCAAGCUUUCCCUGCUCCAUGUGCCUGACUCCACCUGCAGGUGGAUCACAGACUUCCUGACAGACCGGAGUCAGUGUGUGUGGCUGGGGAAGAAUGUCUCGGACACCCGGGCUCUCAGCACAGGAUCUCCACAGGGCUGUGUACUUUCCCCUCUGCUCUUCUCCCUGUACACCAACUGCUGCACCUCCAGCCAUGAUUCCGUUAAGCUCAUCAAUUUUGCGGAUGACACCUCCCUCAUCGGACUCAUUUCGGAUGGAGAUGAGUCUGCCUACAGGUUGGAGGUGGACCGGCUGGUGACCUGGUGCAGCAGCAACAACCUAGAGCUCAAUGCUCAGGCUGGAUAUGAUCGUGGACUUCAGACCGUGGACUUCAGGAAAGCCACAGCCCCCCUGUCCUCCCUCGACCUCACCGACUCCCCCAUCACCACUGUGGACUGCUACCGCUUCCUCGGCACCACCAUCCCUCAGGACCUCAAGUGGGAGCCAACCAUCAGCUCCCUCAUCAAGAAGGCCCAGCAGAGGAUGUACUUCCUGCGGCAGCUGAGGAAAGCCAAGCUGCUGGUCCAGCUGAUGGUGCAGUUCUACACGGCCAUCAUCGAGUCCAUCCUCAGCUCCUCCAUCACGGUGUGGUACGCCGGGGCCACUGCUAGGGACAGACACAGAAAGCAGCCCAUUGUGGGCUCUGCUGAGAAUGUGAUCGGCUGUAGCCUUCGAUCUCUCCAUGACCUGUACGUCUCCAGGACUCGGGACCGAGCAGGUUGGAUCGGAGCUGACCCUUCUCACCCUGCACAUGUACUAUUUCAGACACUCCCCUUGGGCAGGAGGCUACAGUCCAUUCGGACCAGAGCCUCCCACCAUAAGAACAGUUUCUUCCCCUCUGCCGUUGGACUCAUGAACACCUUAUAACUCUGUCACUUUAUCACUGGUCACUUUAGUUUAAUGUACCUUGGUUUUUUAAUCGCACUCCUCCUACUGCACUGUUGUUCUGUAUUGUGUAGUUGUACAUAGCCUGUUAUACCUACUGUAUAGCAUUGUACAUAGUCUUUUAUACUUUUACACUUUAUAUAUGUCCUGCAUGCUCUUAUUAUUUUCUAUUCUAGUAUUUUAUAUAUUAUUCUCUGUUUAUUGUUGCACCAUCACGCCGUAAAAAAUUCCUAGUCUGUGAAUCCUGUUCAUUGACAAUGGCAAUAAAACCCCUUCUGAUUCUGAUGUAUAGGAAAUGAGACCAUCAGUAACAAGACAGCCAGUGUUUACAUUGUAAUUUUUAAUGCCUGGAACCAGUGCAAGGGGGUAGGUCUCAGCCGACGAGCUGAAAAGACAGCCCUGUUUUACAUUGUCUGAAUUUUAUUCUCACAAUAAAUUAUAUAUUUAAGGUAGACACAAAUGAAAUUUGUAGAGGAUAAGAUUAGCUAAGACAGCCUUGUCCACAAGGGGGUGCUGUAAUUGACAAAUCUAAAAGUUUCUCACAGACGCUUUAAUAAACCAAGCCCUUAAGUCCAGCUAUACAUCAGAGGACUUGAUGAAGAUUUGGAAAAGACUCCUGGAAAACUAUAAACUCACACCUGCUCACAUCUAAAGACAAGUGUUUAGAGUUUUUAGUCACAGCCUAGUUUCAGACUGAGAAUUUUCGAAGACUGUCAGUCUUGCAGGGUUACUAUUUACAAGACUACAACGAGAUUCUUCAAGCUUUUUUUGACAGUUCAGUGUUUCCCAUUGGUGUGGAAUCUAUCAGUGGUGGUGAGUGAUUUAACAGCUGUGUGUUUUCGCAUAUGGCAAGUCGUAUUUAUAUGAUAAUUUUUGCCCUCUGUACGAUGUACAACCAAUAACCCUAAACAUGUGGUGCAAUGGGACCAUCUUAAUCUGCCUACACUUUAUUUUUAAAUUUUUUUAGCAAACCCUAGAUAAUACUUUAGAUAAUUAGAAAUGGGGCCCAGUCAACGUGAAAGUAAAAACAGACUACCAGCAAACACAAUGUUUGCAGGACUUCUACAAUUAGGAUAAAGUGACAUACUGCGGGACCCGAGGUAAACAGUUAAGUGGUGCUACAACACACAGCAGGUCCCAUUGGACAAUAAACACUUCUGUCACAGACACUUGGCUUACUUUGUUAAAACAGGGCCCACUCAAAGUAAAUGUAAAUAGCACCAGUGCUAAUGUAGCAGCCUGCUGACAGGCUACCUACAAACACAAUGUUUUCAGCUCCUCUGCAACUAUAACGUGACACAUUACAGGACACAAUGUAAAAUAAACUUAGCGGUUUACCUGUCCAGCAGAAAGGUCACAGGGUCCGAAAGAUCUCAAAGCAACCCCCAUUGAUCAAGCUUCACUGAUGUGGACCCGGCUUUUCACCUCUUGUCCGGGUGGUCUAUCUCCUUUUUAUGCACCCGCUGUCAGGCCAGAGUCUCCAGUAUUUACAUUGUUUUCUUGCUUGCGUUCACACUAGUGGCCAAAGGAGGAUUCAAACAUUUUUGUGUACUUUCUGUCUAGUUUCUACUGUCCGAUAUUGUUGCAGGCUAACUUUGUUUGGGCUCAUGGGCUCAUGGACGCUGGGCGUGGAGCGUGCUUCACAACCAAUCAGCACGAGGAAGCAGGGUCUGCCUCACAACCAACCAGGCUUUGUUUACAGUCAGAAUGAGUGGACCGCUCAAAAAUUUAAAAAUGUUGACUACACAGACAUAACAAAACACAGUAAUAUUGUGAUAUUACCAAAUGUCAUCAAUAACUAAUAGCUAUUGACUUCUCUCUCCCACCCUUUCCAUCCCUCUCUCACCCUCUCUCUCUCUAUCUCCAUCUAUCCCAGGGGUGUCAAAUUUACAGCCCGCCCGCAGGCUAGAUUAGGCCCGCGAACAGGUUUAAUCCGGCCCACGAUAUGAUUUUGCAAAGCAUAAAAAUGAGCUGUAAUUUUUUCAUUAAAACAAACUGCUGAAAAGUGGACGCAGAGGAUCACUUGGGGAGGUUUAAGGGGCAACAGGUAGGCGACUGAACCCGGAAGAGCCAACAGGUUUUGACCGCAAUGCGCCACAUAGCAUCAUUUAGUUCACUGCCUUUACCAGUUUGUUUUUUUUUUUGUUCUCGGUUCCUUUGUUUGCUGUGAGCUUGGUUUUUUGAACAGCAUUUUGUGGCAAUAAACCACCAGAUGACGCAACGGAAGUAACAGCCUGGACAUUCAUUCAUUCAGCUUAGGUACUGCUUCCAUUCAUUUAUUCAUUCCUGUCAGCCAGGGUCACCCAGAGCCAGUUUAGCCUCAGUAGUUCCUGAACAGGUCAGAAACUGCUUUAAAAACUAGUCAAAACCUUGCUAAAAGGAAUAGUUUCACGCGUCUGGAUCCUCAGCGCACUGGAUGAAGAAGCAUGAAGAGCCUUCCUUGUGGAUUUAAUUUUUUUGAUUUUUCAUUUGUGGGAGUUCAUGUUUGAUGAGGAAACUAGCUGGAGCGGCCACAAAUCAGCUGAUGACAACAAGGCGCCCACCGAAAGAGGUAUUUGUAGCGCUACACUCUUCAAUGGCCAUUUAGUAUUAUUUAUUGUGUGUACCCAUACCUUGGUCACAGAGCUCACCCGGCGGACAUUUGACUGUGGAGAAGCUUUGUUUUGGCGUCUUGGCCAUCAUUUGGUGUGGCUGGCUUUGUAUCGGGACGUUGUCUGUGGACUGGUUGGACAGUUGGACAUGGAUCGUGAGGGUGAUUUGCGGACAGUUGUUAGUAAAGCUAGCACUGGUGCUGACGGUGGCAAGCAGCAGGCCAGGCGUGAUGCUGUGCUCGCUGGGAAACUUUCAGCAUUACAGGCAGACAGAAAAUUAAAGCUGGACAAUGCAAGCACCAUAAGAAAAUCUAUGGAAGGGUUAAAAAAUUAUGUGCCUCAGUUAAAAAAUGCGUUGUGUGCUUUGGUUGCAUUAUGCAAUGAGGCAAAACGUAUUCAUGAGUCACUAAGU